GGGGGGAGCCUCGCUUUUCCUUACCGCCGCGCAGCCUUGAAAGGGGUCUCUUCCUCCGUGCGCAUCGCCCUCGUUGCCCCACCCCGGGGUUCCUCCCUCGUUCUCCUCCGGGGCUCCGCCCAGCUUCCCUCCCCCGUGAGCCGGCAGCAGAUCCGCUUCCCGUGCGGCUCCGAGCGCCGAUAAGGUUCCGGGUCGGAGGCCCGACCGCUUGUUGCCGCCGCUGUGUUGUUGGCCGCCGGAGGAGGAGGAGCAGCAGCAGCACCACCACCACCACCAGCAGCAGCAGCCGCCUCGGCUUUCUCCCUUCUCCUCCUCCUCCUCCUCCUCCUCCUUCUUCGUGUGGAGAUGCCGCAGCUGCCCCGAGAUGCCUGGGCUUGAGACGCCGGGGCCGUGAGGGGAGCGGGCCUCUCGCGAGGUCUGGAGCGCGAAAGGCUUCUCUGAAGGGCCCUGCGAGACGCGGUGCAGCAGCCGGACGGACAGAGAAGCUUUUCGGGAGAGUUCCGCCGCCGAAGCCGAACAAAGGGGGUUGAGAACGGCGCGCGAGCCGAGAGAAAGGCGGGCGGGGGGGCUUGCCAGCGCUUGCCCUCGCGCACGCGCACCCCUCUCACAGCCACCCGGCUCGGGUCUCUAGCGGGGGGCGCCUUUCCGUACCUCUGAGGGGAAGAGGGGGUUGAACGGCCGCUUCUGGCUCGCUGCCCCUCGCGGGCUUGUCGGGGGGACGAGGAGAGGAGCGGGGAAGCGGAGCGGCGGCGCCUUAAGAGGGAAAGGGGCAGCGGAUAACUACUCCCAGCCGUCGCCGGGCGGAUGGAUGGAGGCACCGGCAAGCCGGCGAGGAGUGACCCUGUGAGGAACCGGUGAGUCGUGUGUGUGUGUUUAUGUUGCCACGGGGAGGGUCCCUUUCGUGACACUCUAGUUUCUGGGUGCUUAAUAUAUAUAUAUCUCGAGGGAGCGGCGGGGCUUAGCAAUCGAAUGGCACCCCAAAAAAUAAAAUUAAAAAGAGGGUUUCAGUCAGGCUUCGGUUUCCCUUUUGCUUUGGUGAGGGUGUGUAAAGGGGAGUUGCACGUAACUUGACAUCGUCCUUCGGGAAGGGGGUCGAGGGCAUCCGCAGAAAUGUGCCUUUCGGGAUGUGUGGGGCUGUUUUGGGAGACAAGGGUGGCCGGCGCCAAACCCAGUUCAGGAGGUUUGGCUUUGACUAGAGAGCGGAGAGGCGGCGGGGGCUUUCGGGGCUUCGUUUAAUACCACCAUAAUAGCUCUCCAUAUUUGGAAAUCCCGAGUUGUUAAUGGUUGGGUGGGUUUGUUGCCUCUUCUCUCAUCCUGCCCCAACCCUCUUAGUGUAUGUUUAUGGGUAAGAUCGGGUUGGUGGUGAUGGUGGGUUUUUUUACAUUUUUCAUUCAGAUUCACCGUUAAGUCCUGCGGUGCCCGGCCCUCCUUUUCAGCACACUGAAAUUAUAGGCAGGAGACAGAUUUCUGGAGCAAAUAGCGCUGAGUACAAGGGUGUGGCCGUGUGUGUGUGUGUGUGUGUGUGUGUGUGUGUAUAUAUAUAUAUAUAUAUAUAUAUAUAUAUAUAUAUAUAAUGAAUAAGAGACAAAUGCACAAAAUUAGAUUACACAUCCGGGUUUAGUUUAGUUUAUAAUUCAGAUAGUUUAUAAUCAGUGAAGGCCACUUAAUGUCAUCAGCAGGGAUCAAUUGGCAAAGUUUUUUUCUGGCCUGUACCACUUCAUGUAGCUAGUGUGGUUGCGUUUUUUGAAUGUUUUCCGUGGAGAGAAAGAUCCCUGCUUUUAGACAAUUAACCUGGUAGGAAAUGGAUUCUGACUAGUCUUCUCUUUGCUGGGUUUUCCCUCCCACGCUAGAAAGUCAUUAUGGAGGGGAGGGGCGGUAUUCAAACAAACACACACAGCCACAACAGGAAGUGGUACAGGCCAGAAAAAUCUUCUUUGUUUAAUUCAGUUGAUAGUACAAGCAGAAUAGAAUACAAAUUGCAGUCAGGAUCACUUGACAAUGUAAGGCUUAUCAUUAACGUGUUAGAGCCUAGUCAUAUGUUACACGUGCAUAUGUAACAAAAGGCUAGCAGCUGCUUUUCCUAAAAAGAAACAGCAUUGGGAGGGGGAUCCGGACCAGCGAUGCAGUAGAUGGGUGUGAGGGGAAGGAUGAAACAUCUUUCCACUGCUUCUAUAUUUGAAAUCCCUCUUCCAAAGCUGCUUUUCUUUACGACAAGCAGCCACCUGGUUUUUGUUACGGAUCUGUGUCAUGUGUAGUUAGAACCUUGCUUUUGAAACAAUUAGAAGGACUUUGUAACAUAAUUGGUGAUUUUAUGAAGCAGGGUGCAUGGUAAACCUCAGCUAACUUUUCCUUAUAAGAGAAUAUAAUUAAUUGGACAAGGACUGCUUAGAUCUUGGGACAGAUUUUUUGGAAGAUGUUCCACUUCUGGAAAAGUUGCAGUCUGAUUUUAAAAUCAAAGCCAAACAAUAACUCUGCAGAAGUUAUCUGUAAAAUCUCUGUAAGUAGAGAUUUUAGGAGGCAUGCACAUUCUUUUGAGGUGGAAUGUAGUAUUUACUUGAGGAACUGUGGGACAUUGCACUGCUUGUACACAAUCAAUUCAGUUGGUAGAAAAUGUGCAUGAUAGUACUGCAAUGCUUGUAUACAAUUCCCUUGAGGGUUAAACCACCAUGCCCCCGCAACAACCCUAACCUAGUAUCCUUGGACAGCCUCUCUGGUGCCCACUAAGCCCCUCCCCCAUGCCCCUUUUUUUUGUAAAUUUGAGUUUUUUUGGUUGGGAGGUGUUGACUGAUUUUUUGGUCUGUUUUGUUUGAUGGGGGUGUAGGCAUUUUGGCUGGGACAGGGUUCUUCUCAUCAGCUGUUCAUCUUCUGUGAAAUGGGGGGGAGGGUUUUGGGUACUCGUGACAAUUUCUUAAUUUCCACAGUAGCCCCUGGUUCCAGAGUGGUUGAACCCCUUGUGUAGCUUCACCAUAUAGUAUAUGAAGAAAUCACUUGCAUUCAUCUUGUUUGUUUCUUUUGGCUUCAAAGCAAAUGACUUUGAAUUUAAACAUUCAGUACAGUGGUACCUCUGAUUACGUACUUAAUUUGUUCCGGAGGUCUGUUCUUAACCUGAAACUGUUCUUAACCUGAAGCAUCACUUUAGCCAAUGGGGCCUCCUGCUGCCGCUGCACGAUUUCUGUUCUCAUCCUGAAGCAAAGUUCUUAACCCGAGGUACUACUUCUGGGUUAGCGGAGUCUGUAACCUGAAGCAUAUGUAACCCGAGGUACCACUGUACAUUAAAGUAGGACUCUGGAAAAGUGUGGCUUUCCAUAUGCUGCUUGAUUCCAAUGCCUAUCAGGCCCAGCCUACACCACCAAUAGUCAGGAAUGGGUGUUGUACGCCAGCAUCUGGAGGGCCACAGGCUUCCCAUCUCUGGUUUAACAGAAACUUUCAGCUAAAUUUGCUAUUGGAAAAUUUCCAUUUGAUAUAGGUCAAUUGUGUAAUGUCUGUCUGCCAGUAGAUAAACAACUAUUUGCAUGCUGUUCUUUUCAAAGUGGAAUAUUAGUCUAAUUUACUUUUGUACAAAGGAAUUCAUUCUUACAUACUAUUUCUUGCUUAAUUGUGAACGGUAAAAUGUGUAAUAUAAAUAAAUAUUUAAAAUGAAAAUUAUCUCAUUCUUAACUAUUAUUGCCUGUUUUAAGAUAUUACAUUGUACAGAAGGUGAAAAGUCAUUCUAUAGUGAAUACUUUCUAUUCCUGCCCCACAAAGGCUAUGUCUUAAUCUGUCAGGCUUUAAGGUACAACAGAACUCAUUGUUUUUACUAUAGCAGACUAAUAUAACUUCCCCUCUGGAAUUUGAUAUAAUAAAGCUUAUUAAGAAGUUGUCACAUUAAUAUUUAUUCCAAUAUAUUGUCCUGACUACAUGGGAGAAAGUGAAGCAAGCCAUUUUGUAUAGAGCAUGUGUCUAUUUUCCCCCACCUAGUUUCACUUAGUAAUGUGUUAGUUUUAACUCAUCCGAUCCCUGAAAGUCCAUUGUGAGUGAUUCUAAUGUAUUACCAUCUUUUUUUAAAAAAAUAAAAAUCCCUUGGUCUAUAAAGAUACAUAUUCAUCUAUAACCAUUAAAAUUUUGUCUAUCUGCAUCAUUCUGUUUAUCUGUGUUAAGAAACACUGAGAGACGCUGGUACUUAAUAGGUACAACUUUCCCCUUCAAUAGUCUGUAGGGAUAGAUAAUUAGCAAAGCAAUUGGAAUUCAGAGGGUCUGAAUUACCCAGUUCAUACACUUGGGAGAAUCUUCUCUAUUACAAAAGUCAGUCAUAUGACACAGCAUGCUCUCAGACAGGGUAUUGUUUAGAGUAGAAGCACAUGAGUAUAGCGCAAUACUUCUGACAAAUACAGCUUACUUGUGGUAAUAUAGCUCAGCUGUGAACAUUCUGGUAUGGAGAAAGCUGAUAACUUUCUUUUUCUAUAAUUGUAAGCUGAACUACUGAACUCUGAUCAUUUGUGCUAACUAUUAUGAAUGCAUCACUUAGCAUUUUUUUUACAAUAUCUAAUUUAAUACAACUACAGUACUGAAGACCUAAAACUUACUGUAUUUCUAGUACUUCUAGAAUGCUGACAUUCAAGCAGAUCUUCUGGCUAUCAGUUUUUGGUCAAGUUAAGUGUCUUUCCAAAGGAUAAACGGUGCGACAGGUGAGGCUAUGGCCCUCCAAUUGUUGUACAACUCUCUGGCCAUUGGGCAUGCAGACCUAGGCUGGUGGAAAUUGUAGUCCAAAAUAUCUGGAGGGCAUGAGGUUGAGGGAAGGCUGAAUGAUACUAUUAAUUUGUUCUAAAUUUGAUAUGAUUGUACUAAAGGUAAAUUUAUAAGAUGAUAUUUUAAGCCUUUAAUGCUUUCUCUGUGGUGCAGUCUGGAUUAGUAUAAGUUAAGCCUUCAUUAAUACUGAAGAUAAAUUUCUUUAUAGAAUUGCUGUUUGUUCUGUGUAGUGCUUUGUGUAUUGAGGGUUGUUUUUGUUUCUAGAAGCCGCCUAAUAUCACUCAAUUGAAAAAUGAUUUGAGUACCUUAUCAGGUCAUGUAAAAUAUAUAUAAUAAGGUGUGGACUAUUAGACUGGCAUAAUUCUGUAUUGUAGACUUGCCGGUUUGAGAACUAGUAUUUGAUAGUAACAGAAAACAGAACUGUUCUAAUGGUAGAAACCUGGCCCAAGAGAAGAUUGUACUUCUCACAUGUUUAACAGGAUACCAAGCCAAAGAAAAAAGAACCUAGGAAACUGCCUUAUACUGUAUUGAGUCAGACCAUUGAUCCAUCUAGUAUUGGCUACAGUGACUGCCAGUAGCUCACCAGGGUUUCAGACAGGAUUGUCUCCCAACCCUACCUGGAGAUGCCAGAGAUUGAACCUGAGACUUUCUGUAUUCAAGGCAGAUGCUUGAAUACACUGAGUAUUCAAGUACCACUGAGCUAUGAUUCUUCCCCACAGCAAAUGCAAUUGGCAGUGGUAGUCCUGAUUCCUGGAUACUUGUGCUACCUAUCUUUUUAAAAUAUCUUUGCAUCUGGGACGUGGGCAAAAUUCACAUAUGGGGGGGGGUUGUUUCUUUAAAAAGAACCUGAGGGCAAAGUGCUUCUGAAGAAACACAUAAAUACAGAGGACCUUUCCUUUGGGAAGGGAAAGCUCCCUUGUUUUUAUGGGAAAUGAGAAAUUUGCCCUAUGUCUUGUUUUCAGCAUACCUGCUUAUGAUGCAGAUGGUUCCAACUUAUAUUGUGCUUCUUUAGAGGUGACCUUGUUGAGCAAUCGGUUUGACUGAGCAGGGAGAAGUUCACACUCAAGUUCUCUUGCACACACUGGGAGGCCUACACAUACAGUGGAUCCCCCUGAUACAAACUUAAUUUGCCCCGGGGGUCCGUACUUACCCCAAAAAGUCCAUAUCCAGAGGACCACUUCUGCGUGCACGCGUGGCGCGAUAGAGCGCUUCUAAGCAUGCGCGCGGGGCGAAACCCAGAAGUAUACCUGAAGGUAACGUAACCCGAGGUACCACUGUACAGUCUUUCUAUAUGCAACAUGCAUUUAGUGGUGCAAACUACUUUCAUAAUUUCCAAGUGGCAAACUGUGUACAGUGUGUUUGUAUUUGUAGCACUAAGCUUUCACAGUGAACCACCACCAGAAAUUAAGUCACUAACUACAUGUGGUGCUUGAAGUAUAUAUGUACACUAUGACGGCUCAUCACAUACAUACUCAUAGAAGAAACUGUUCAGUUAGAAUUUCUGGCUUCGGCAAAAUUCAGGAAUCCAAUCAGCUCAUAACUAUAGACACAUGCAUUUGAUUACUGCGUAUGUGUACUUGUAUAAUGUUGCUUCUUGAACCAUGAUAUUUUCAGAGAUGUCUGUACUUGAACAGCAUGUGGUCAGUAAAAGUAGUUGGACUGUGUGAUUUAAUCAGGGAGAGAGCAGAAACUUUCAGGAGAAAGUUGUAGCGCAAGGAGUGCCUGCAUGCAAGUAUAAAUAAGUAUUGGAUGAUAUCAUCCAAUAAAAAGAAAUGCUGCCUUUUGCCUAAAAACAUUCUUGAUUAUAUGGAAUCAUAGUCAACCAAUAAUUGAUCAGUAUCCUAUCUUAGCUCCUUUGGCAUUUUGCUAUAGAUAUCUUUUAAGGUAUCUUACUUUUAAUAGGAAAGUAGAUCCAAAGGAGUUAAGUUGUCCUAGAUCGUGCAUCUCUUGUGUAAUAAUGAAACAGCAGUUCAUAGUCUUAACUCUUUCCAUGUGUCUGGUAUUUCUUCCCUAUUUUGGGGUUGGCAUCUAUGUCAAUAUACAAUUUUAGUUGGCUAGAAAGAAUAUGCCUCUCCUACCCACCUUGUCUCCUAUGCUGAUUACUUCAGUACUUUCCCGUGUGUGAAUGACUGGUUGUGAAAUUGCUCAAAGAAGGAAACAAAGUUGCUUCCCUGCUUUCUUUGAGAGUGGUCUACUCAGCUACACUCCUGUCCUUACUUCCCAUUUGGCUUCCAACAUUCAAUCUCCUGUAUAUUUGGCAACUCAGUAGUUUGGAGCUUUGCAUUUAGAAGGAACCUCCUGCCUCACUUACAGCACUUGAUAAGGCUUCCUGCCUAGUGAUGAGCCAAAUAAGUGAGGUGAGUGAAAGAACAUAUUCAGAAUUUGCUUUUAAUACCCCCAUUCCAUGAGUGCUAUUAAAUCUUCAUUUCUUGGGUAUCUGAGUUCUAUAAUGGGAAGGAAACAAAUGGCAGUAAUAACUUCUUCGUGCUAUGAAAGCAUUGAAUAGCAUCAUUAGGUGUAUAAUCAUUGACUAAAGAGGCUUGUACAGAUAAACAUAAGCAUCCAUUUCCACUAACUCAGAAUGCGUUCACUCCAAUACCAUCAGUUUCCACUGCAGUAAGUGCCCCCUUCAUUUCCUCCAAAAUUUGCUGCCAGGACAAAUCCUUGUUGUGAAUGUCCUGUUACUCCUUGGUAUCUGGAAUGCUUGUCUGGAAAAUCCCAGGCACCUGGGUACCUGAUAUAUCACCAGCUAAACAUCAUGAUAUAUCAAUUUCUGAAAUAAGGAAGGAAUUACGUAGAGGCGAACAGGACAAUGUCCUGGGAACUGCUACAACUUAAGGGUCUAAAACUGAUAAAUGAAGAUAUUAUCAAUCACCUCAUGGUCACUUUCAGCAGCAGGCAAGCCCAAAUGCAUCUAAAUGAGACUUUUGGUUUUGGGCUUGGCUACCAAAGUACGCGGGUGGUGCUGUGGGUUAAACCACAGAGCCUAGGGCUUGCCGAUCAGAGGGUCGGCGGUUCGAAUCCCCGCGAUGGGGUGAGCUCCCAUUGCUUGGUCCCUGCUCCUGCCAACCUAGCAGUUCGAAAGUACAUCAAAGUGCAAGUAGGUAAAUAGGUACCUCCAGCGGGAAGGUAAACGGCUUUUCCGUGUGCUGCUCUGGUUCGCCAGAAGCGGCUUAGUCAUGCUGGCCACAUGUACACCGGCUCCCUCGGCCAAUAAAGCGAGAUGAGCGCCACAACCCCAGAGUCGUGCGCGACUGGACCUAAUGGUCAGGGGUCUUUUUACCUUUUACCAAAGUACAGUGAUGAGUCAUAGUGAAUACAAAUAAUCUGGGACUGCCAGCAGACCUAUUAGGCGGCAGCAGAAUCAACAACGGCAGGGGGAGGCAGAAGCAACAGCAGCCUGGCAGUAGUGGCACAAUAAUCAGCAGCCUGCAAAGCCUCAUCAUGGCAGAAGCAGCGGCAGUCUGCGAGGCCUUGUUGUGGUGGCGGCAGUAGUGGUGGCCUGCAAGUGGUGGCCUGCUUAGCAGGUGCUUAGCAGUUAGUAACGUAUCUGUACAAAGGCGAUUUUCAAUUAUUUAAAAUAAAUCCUCUUUAGAGCUACUUGGAAAUGCUUCCUUAUAUGUGAGACUGCUGUCUUCUGAAGGGAGAAUACUGCAGCCAGUAGCUCGGUUCCACCACUAUUCUUAACUUCCCCAGUGACACUGCUUGGCAACUGCAACAGAGACUUGAUGUUAAUGCUUGCUGGGGAAUGUAUAUUGUGGUUGCUUAGUAGCUCAAAUCUUUCCUCCACCUCCUGGGCCCAACAAAGUAGCUAAGUCAUCUUUGUUGUUUGAAGACAAGUAUUUUCUAAUUAUCAGUUGUCUUUAAUUAUCCUAUUUAUAUGGUAACAGUUGUGAUUUGCAUUGGAUCAUGCAAUAUUCAUGUAUUUCAGUUGAAAUCUUGUAAUGUGUGUGAUAAAUGCAGGUAUAUGGAAUGUUCAUUAUUUUAGUCCUGGACAUGUGUAUGGGAAAUGUUUAUAUAGUUAUGUUGGUAUGAUUCUAAUAUUGUAAUACUAAGAAAGCAUGUUGAUCUUGAUUACAUUUUUAAGAUUACUGGUGAUGGUUGUUCAGUGUAUAUGUGAAGGAGCGUCUCCACCUCCAUCGUCUAGCCUAGACACUGAGAUUCAGCUCCAAAAGCCUUCUGGCAGUUCCCCCACUGCAAGAAGUGAAGUUACAGGGAACCAGGCAGAGGGUCUUCUCAGUAGUGGGGCCAACCUUUGGAAUGCCCUCCCAUCAGAUAGCAAACAGAUAAAUAACUAUAUGGCUUUUAGAAGAUGUCGGAAGGCAACCCUGUACAGAUGGGCAGCAUAUAAAUAAUAAAAUUAUUAUUAUUUAUUAUUUGAUUUAGGUAACAUAUAGCACAAAUAUAUAAUGUGCUCAGAUCAACUUCUGACAGAUUUCCUCCAAGCAUUUCUCCUUUAGAGAAGGUAAUUGGCUAUGGGAGACAUUGCCAAGGUUUUAAGCUAUCUAGAAAUAAAACCAAAAGAUCUCCAUUGCCUUAUGAAUUGCUGGAGCAGCUGCCAGCUGAACUCCCAAGUCUCUGGCUUUGCAACUUCAGCUCAUCAUCCCUCUUGAUCACCCAUGCCCUUUAAUCCAAGUAACAAAGCCCAGGUGAGCUAAACAAUGUGGGAGGAGGCAAUAGGCAGCUCUUGGGGGGGGCCAGAGACUAGUAUAUAUAUUCAGUGAUUAAGUCUAUUUAAUUGGAGUAUGGAAAGAAAAGAGAAAUGAGUGUAUGCACAAUCGAAAGACAAAAGCAAAACACUGAACCACAAUAUUGGUCUAUCUUGUCUCGUGUUGGGGAUCCUGUGGCAGUCUAGAUGUAGCUGAACUAACACUUGCAUCAUUCCUGACCAUUGGCCAUAGUGAUUAAGGCUGUUGGGUGUUGAGGUCAAUAGCAUCUGGAGGGCUAUGGGUUCCCCAUCUCAGAUUUAGUCAACCGAAUAUACCCAGGACUUGCACACCUAGGGCUAUUGCAGCUGGUCUCCUCUGGAAAUGUUUAUGGGCAUAUUCCAUAUUUUAUGCUGUUUAAUCAGGGUGAUCCAAUCCAAAUCUUAAUCUGGGGGGUCAUGAUUGACAGCUGGAAAGCAAGGAAUUCUCUCAGGAACAGGAAAUUAGCUAACACAAGGGAUCGCCUCUAUAAAAUAAGAAGUUAAGCUUUGCCUACCAUGCAGCAAAGUGAAGUCAAGUGGAUGAUGGCUUAUUUGUGGCAGGCCACAUGAGAAUCAUAGAAUUGUAGAGUUGGAAGGGACACCAAAGGAUCAUCUAGUGAAGUCCAUGAAAUCUGUUAUUACAGCCAACUUUCUGGACGAUGUAAAGUAUCACCCAAGGUCAUUUUAGGAAGUCAUGAAAUUUAUUGUGUCUGAGCUGGAAAACUGAUCACCAGCUAUCAUUGGUGCAAAGAGGGACCAAUGGUGCUAUAUGUGAAAAGAAAAGGUUGGUUCACUUCUUGGCUUAAAAGUAUAAUUGUUUGACAUUGGCUUAUUGAUUGGCAUAAUGUUGUAAAAUAGAGUAAGGACUACAUUUUGGGUUGUAUCUUAUAUUUAGUCAUGCUCAGAGUGGACUCAUUGAAAUACCGUAUUUUUCGCCCUAUAGGACGCACUUUUUCCCCUCCAAAAAUUAAGGGGAAAUGUGUGUGCGUCCUAUGGGGCGAAUGCAGGCUUUCGCUGAAGCCUGGAGAGCGAGAGGGGUUGGUGCGCACUGACCCCUCUCGCUCUCCAGGCUUCAGGAAAGCCCCACCGCCAGCCCCGCAAGCUGGGGGGACAGCGGGGAGGCGCAGCGCGCCAUCCCGCUGUCUCCCGAUGUCCUUUGGAGGCUGGCAGCAGGGCCCGCCGCCAGCCCCGCAAGCUCGGGGGACAGCGGGGAGGCGCAGCACGCCAUCCCGCUGUCCCCCGACCUGGUUUGGAGACUGGCGGUGGGAAAAGCCCGCUUCUCCCUGCCGCCAGCCCCACAAGCUCGGGGAUAGCGGGGAGGCGCAACGCGCCCAGGCUUAGCUUCAGCCGUGGGAGCCCGGCGCUGGGCUCCCACGGCUUGCGGAGAGCUGCAUGUUCUGGGGGCUGGGGUCGGGGGAAGCUCGGGCUUCCCCCGUCCCAGCCCUGUGCCUGGGGGGGAAAUAAAUUUUCCCCCUUUAUUUCCCCCCCAAAAAAUUAGGUGCGUCCUAUAGAGCGAAAAAUACGGUAAAUGGACAUUAAUGAACUUAGGUUCAUGCAUUUCAGUGGGUCUACUCUGAGUAAAACUUAGUUGCCUGCAACCCUUUGACCUGGAGCUGUUUAGCCAACAUAAUCUACAUGUAAAAAAAUCAGAAGUUUAUUGUGUCAGAAAAAGGUCUGCGAGGAAAAAUACCUGAUAGUUGUUGAGAUUUUCAUAUGGGCUGCGUAGGAAUAUGAGAUACUUAGAGACUUUUUCUUCUCAGAAGGAAGUAUAAGAAUCAGCUUUGAGAAAGACUGUACUUGGACUCCUUCCCUCAAAUUCUUAAAUAUCUCUAAGACUUCAGAUUGUUUAUAAAUAAUCAUGGACUUUGGAUAGAUAGCAAUGCUUUCUUUUAAAAUUGUGUUCUUCACUUUGUAGUUCUUUUAAUAUUUUGAAAUGGUGUCUUUCAUUUGUAUUUGACUUAUGCUUUGAAAUGAAGUGUCUUUAAGUGGCAUGUGCUGGUUAAAUUGCUUCAUUGUUAAAGGAAUAUAAAUGAAUGUCUUUAGGAGAGCAAUAAUAUCUGUUUGCCUAGUAGCAUUUAUAAAAUUAUCAUAAUGCUAAUUCUUGGAAAGUAUAACACAACCAGGGUUUUUUUCUGAUCACAUGCUGUAAUUAGAUAUAUCUUUUGAUCCUUCAUGGAAAGUAUAAAUGGAUUUCUGUACUUCUCCUGGGCUUUUUUAUUGAGAAAAAAUAGUAUUCAUGGCUAAGAUGUGCACAGUUGUCAAAACCAAAGAUCUGCAAGCACAAUGGUACUAACAGAUCUUCAUUUCAGUUGUUCUCCCAUUGUUAAGACACUAGAACUUGGGGUCAUCCGUUGGAGCUGAAUGGUGAGAAAUACAAGGAAGAAAAAUGGGAACACUUUUUUGCAUAGUACAUAGUUAAAACUAUGGAAAACACUGACACAGGAUAUGCUCAUAGCUUCCAACUUACAUGGGUUUAAAGGAGAGUAGAAAAAUUCAUGGGCGAGGAAGACUGUCAGUGGCUGCUAGGCAUGAUACUUACAUGAUACUUAGAGGAUCCAUGGAACCAUGCCACUGAACACCAGUUCCAGGGAAUAAAAGGGAGAGAUGACUAUGAGCUUCUUGUAGGCAUUGGGUUGUCCAGUGAGAGAAGCAGGAUGCUGGACUAAAUAGCCAUUCAGUAAUACUAUAUAAUUUGGUUUGACUUAAAUUGACACUUACUACCUAGUAACACCAUCCCAAAUUAAUCCCUGCCCUUGUUAAAUUAAAGACUAGCAUGUUUCUCUUUACUUUAGCUCUAUGCCUACCCAGGAACCUUUGUGUUUUGUUUCAACUUCGGGAUACAUCUAGGUUACAAGGCAGGCUUUCUGAGAAAAGAAAACCCUUCUUCUGAUGUCAUGGUAAAAGCAAAUGAUUCAUCAUGGGUGGCCUGUCCUCCUGUCAAAAUGGUAUUUGGGGUUGGGGACAUUCAGGAUCUGGCCUAUUGGUUGGAUCUAGCUCCCUGUCCCUCGUUUAGAAGUGUUUAUAUAAACAUGCCCUUAAAGAUGUGGAUUCUUAGUAUCCAUGUCAUUCUUUUCUCCUUCAGCUAUUCCUUCCUUUACCCGUGCCUGCCUUAUGCUUCCCUUUGCAAAGUUUAUUAUGAGUGAUAGGUUAACUACCCCUAUUUUCCAUAAUCUAAUCAGCAUGUUUUGAUAAUCUUCUUCCUGGUUUGCAUCUUCCAUUCCAUAGACAUAUCUUCUCCUUCCUGUGUCUUUAUUUACUUCUGCAUGAAAUCUGCUUUAAGACUAGUUCUUUGAACCAAAUAUAUUUAGAUUGCUUCUACAACAUUAUAUAUUGAAAAUUCCAGAUUUUUUUAUUGUAUUAAUGAUUUGGGCUUGUAAUAAUAAUUAAAGAAACACUUGUAGCACAAUUCAUAGGUAAGUGACACAGCUGAAUCUAAAUAAUUUAUACAUUAAAGUAGAAUCAACAAAUGUUUGGGUAAUGCAUUCAGGUAGCAGUUCUAGUUUGCAGUCUGAGCAUGUCAUCUCCACAGCUGGUUGUUCACACAGCCAAGCCAGCAACUACUAUAGGUCUUCGCUAGCAGACGCUUGUCUGAUAAACAUCACCAUGUCUCUACAGAUUGUCACUGGUGGCUAUGCUGGGAAUAUUAGCUUCCAUUACUCAUGCCUGCAUGCCUUUACCAGGCCAACAGUCUAUGGCUUGUAUCCAGUGUUUGUCCUACCCAGAGUAAACCCAUUGAAAUUAAUGAACCUAGGGUCAGCAGUGUAGCAUUCGUUGACUGGCUAUCUGGUGCUGUUGUAUUGUCACACUGGCCCUGAUAUCUCUGACUGACUUGAACACAAAGCCAGUAAGAAGAACUCUGUUCUAAAAUAGGGUGGGAUGUGUUGAAGCGCUUCAUUGAACAGGAGCAAAAUGGUACAAAACUAUUACUUUUGAAGAAUAUUUCAGGUCCAUGAAAGCUCCUGUUUAAUGCUGAGAAUUGUUGUUCAUGAAAAUUCCCAGUAAAGACUUGAGCUGAGUGCAUCAGCAUGGUAAAUUUAUCUGCUGUUCCACACAAGUAUGAUAUAAAAGUUACUGGGAACUAUUCCCCAGUGAUUGGAUUAAGGAAAAUUUGUAGAUCAGAUGCACAUGAUUUACCUUAAUGUAUAAUGGAGUUUAAAUAAUUUUCCUAUCCCCAGGCUUUCUUCAAAUCACAAUUCUUUCCUAGAGUUUUUUAUUUACUAACAAAAAUUUUGUUUGAGAUUUGUCUUGUACCACUGCAGGAUGAGGUUGACGGAAAUGUUAUUAUUAUGCAGUUUCCACUAAUUUGGGUCCAAAGUGUAUAUCUGGAAAUGUUUUACCAAGUUUAUGUAGUAAAGAUGUUAAUGGUUUUACAGAGCACAAGUUAAAACUAUGUAGAACUAGAUAGUUGAAGGAAUCUUAGUGUUUUCAAAUAAGGACAGUAUAAAUGCUUCUUAGAUUGUAAUUUGCCUAAAGGGUUGAUUAAUUUUAGGCAAAUUCCUAGUAUAGCUUCUUCAACCCAAUUUGCAAUGCUAUUUGCUUGUUUCAGAAUUUAAAAGAUGUUGCUGACCUCCACACCAAGUGUUUGAAGGGGAGCAGAAGAAGCACCACCCCACUAAGAACAACAUGGGAAAUACAACUACUAAAUUCCGCAAAGCACUUAUAAAUGGAGAUGAAAAUUUGGCCUGCCAAAUAUAUGAGAGCAACCCUCAACUAAAAGAAUCUCUGGACCCUAAUAUUUCUUAUGGAGAACCCUACCAGCAUAACACUCCAUUACAUUAUGCUGCCAGGCAUGGGAUGAACCGAAUAUUGGGGUGAGUAUUGUUGCUUUGUUCAUAGUGUUUCUAGAUGUGCUAAGUGACAUAUGUGCUUUGAUAUCAUCAUAAUCUAAUGUAGUACUACCGUUUGAUGUACAAGUUCAAUAUUUUGCCAUGGAUAACCUCUUUACACUAGCUCCAGUUCCAAUGUGCACAUAUGCUCCAGAAUAGUUCUAAGAUGAGGGCAUGCAUGUUUGAUUUCUUAUCCUCAUAGCUCUAAAAGGUUGCUGCAGACCUUGGUGGUAUUUACUUUAAGCUCAGGAGUUGCUCUACAUAGGCCAAUGUUGAAAAGAACAUAACUCUGCUUCUUUCUUUUCUAUAGAAAAGUCGGAGUUAGUACAAGAACACUGUAUUGUGCAAAUGUUUGUAAAAUAAAGAAUGCAGGGAUUGCUCUACUUGCAAUUAUGAGAAAGGGGUGAAGCUUUCAUCUUUAAGUGGUGGAAGGCUGCAAUGUAUCUGCUGUGCCAAAUAUUUGGAAAAGAGAGGAAAGGUAGUUUUUUAAAGCAGCAAUCCUCUGUUUCUGGAAUUGCAGUUGAUCUUCCCUGUGGCAGAUGCUUCUGGAACAAACAAGAUCUAAUUAAACCAGACUGGUUAUUAAAUAAUAUAAAUUCUUCAGUGUAUGCCUUAUAGAGUAUGGCCCUUUGGUUUAACAUUUUUUAUUACACAUAAAUUCUAUUUGUGGCUACCAGGAAGCUACAGGCUAAUAAUAUUAUCAGGAAUAUCUUAAGAAAACAGCUUCCUGUAUUUAUAAACACUGGUACAGAGCAGUUUAAAACAAAGAUACACAUCAUCCUGAUUCAGUGAGUCAUAAAGCAAUAUUAGAUUAUGCAGUAUAUUAUCAAAUAGUCAUUACAGGGCUGCAUUUUUAAAUGACAAUAUGAGAAGAUCUAAUAUAAUAACGCCAACAACAUUGAGUAGGAUUUCUGCCAGGCUUCAUCAAAUAGGAUGUAUUGGAAACAAGGAAAGUCUUCCGGCUACAGAAUAGCCCAUUCAUUUAAAAGUUUGCAGAUGAGAAGAUGCCUCUCUUUUGCAUUUGUAUUAGAAGUAUGAUAAAUGUAUUAGAAUUACUGUUUUGGCCUGAAUAUAAACCACACUUUCCCCCCAAAUUCUGACCGUGAAAAAUUAAAGUACAGCUUAAAUUUGUGACCUAACCAAAAUGGGCUUUUACAAUAUCGCUGCUGAAACAGACAUACAGUAAAACAUAAUAGGUGUGAGUGCCUGUGGAAUUUUAAGGGAGUGGUUUAUAUUCGAGUAUUGUCUUUUUUCCCCCCCUUGAAUUUUAAAGGUGCAGCUUAUUUUCGGGUCAAUACAGUAUUUAUAAAUGUAUUAGAAGUAUGAUAAAUACUUUUAGUGGGGCAGGGGAGCUGAAAAAAAAUUCACAUCUGGCAACCAAUGUACAUGGGCAGAUGAGUCUAAAAAGCCCAGGACACAAGUUUCCAUGGCCCUCUAGUAGCUAUGGUGGUUCACUUAACCAGAAGUGAUUAUUUAGCGUUAACUCUGGAAGUGUAUAUUUGAUUCUGACCAAAGUAAGCCUCCUAGGAGAUUUCCAGUUUAUAUAUGAUUUUCCUCAAUCUUUACUGUACCUUUAUUUCCCAUGUCAUUAUAAAAAUCUGCUUCUUAUUUACUGCUUUAUUUCUUUACUUUCUCUGUAUAGAACUUUUCUUUUUGUAAGAGAUGGCAACCCAAAUAAAAGAAAUGUGCACAAUGAGACCUCUAUGCACUUGCUUUGCAUGGGGCCUCAGAUUAUGAUAUCGGACGGAGCUCUUCAGCCUCGAUUGACACGGCCCUUUGAAGAUGAUUUCAGAAGAGCAGAUUGUCUGCAGAUGAUCCUGAAAUGGAAAGGAGCAAAACUUGACCAAGGAGAAUAUGAAAGAGCAGCCAUUGACGCUGUUGAUAAUAAAAGAAAUACACCUUUGCACUAUGCUGCUGCCUCAGGAAUGAAGACCUGUGUAGAGGUAAAAUUCAUAUAAAUAGUAAUCAAAGUAAUGAUGGAGCAUACACUUGUUUCAAAAAACUGAAGCUCUAAUUUAAGGGCAUUUAAUAUUGUAUCUAAAAAUAUAUAAAUGGCAAAAAGAAGUAACAUCUUAUUCAGUGCGUACUGAAUAAAUUUAUUAUAUUUAUAUCCUUACUUUCUUCCAUGGUGAAACGUAAGGCAGUGUACAUUGUAUUCCCUGAUGGUGAUUCAUUCAUGCACUGACCAGAUCCUGUGCAUGUGCCAGUACCAGUUAUUAUGCUUAAAAAAAACAACCCACCUCCUAUUUAUUAUUCUUUUUUAUCACUUGCUUUGGGGAGUAUUGCUUUUGAAUGUUGUGUUUAAGUGCAAACUGUUAAAUUCCCAGUGAGACAAACUAUAGUAUAUUUGAAAUUUAUUGUAUAUUCCAGUUAAUUGACUGUUCUUAAUACAGAGUUGCACACCAAAAAAAAAUGCUUAGUCUUCCAUAGCAGCAGUUUGCAAAUAUUUUAUUAAAGGGAAUAACAUUUUUUUCAUAUUUGACCUUGUCCUGUUGCUGACCUGAAAGUUAUCUCCUUGAGUCCCUUGAACUUCAAACAUAAGUAGCACUCGCUGCUUGAAAAUGUAAUAGUCCAUUUGUGUAUUGAAAGAAGGUUCACCAUGGUAUAUUCACCAGAGCUAUUUGCAGGGCAGCUGCUUAAAGAAUUGCUCAAGUUACAUUCCUUCCAGGUGCUGCCACCCACUUGAUCUGUUUUUUAGGCUUGCCUUAAUUUGUCAGUGGAAUCUUGCAGAGUGACCAGUCAAGUUCUAUACACUUGCAUAGGUACUAUGACACAAACAGCUGCUGUUGUUGAUGCAAACUCUUCCUUACUUUCUUGCCAGUGUUUAUUUGCAGGAAAGCCAGACACAGUGUUGUGCCAGUCAGUGAUAGAUCAGAAAGACCUUUGAAUUGUCACAAAAGGACUUGUAGGGGCUGUUCCCUUGCAAUGCUGGGAAAGGAGCAAUUGCUGUCAGAAGCUGUUGUACUGGAAAUUGUAGUGUAUGCUCAGUUUGACGGACCAUCUGCCUGAUCUAUUGCCAGAAUUACCAUCAUGGAAACAGGCUGUUAAAUUAGUUUAACAUUUGAAAUACUAGUUCAUAUCAACUUAAUACCAAUUUACAACUUUCACCAAAUAAGCUUCUAGCACUUAUAAAACCAUUUAAAAUUGUUUUAAGUAUAUAUGUAUAAACAUUUAAAAAUAAAAUGACACUUUGUACUAAUCCCAAUUUAAAAAGAAGUUUGCUCUUUCAUAAAUUCACCAUAAAUUCAUAUGGUUGAGGAGCAGCAGAUAGUAUCUUCUGGGAGCAAGAUGUUCUAUGCAAAUGCCUCAUCACAUGGUGGGGAAUUGUAUGAGCCAGGAUUAUCAAUGGACUUGUAACAGAAUGGAAAACUAAAGAUGUGUAAGAUAAUAAAGGGGAGAAAUUGGAAACCAGGGGUGGGGUGGGGGGACGUCUAGAAGGGAUGAAUAAGUAAGUAAUUUGGAUGCUAAAUUGUUAAAUUAUUGAAAAUUGAAAAUAAAAUAUGGGGGGGAAAAGAAAAAAAAGAAUUGCAUGAGCCAAGCCUCCAUGCAAUCAGAAUCAGAAUUCAUUCAUCUGGAGCGGCUGGUCUAGUUUGCCUAUAAUGCUGAACUAGGAUACAGCUGAGAUCCAGCACCAAGGGCCUUCUGGUAGUUCCCACACUGCGAGAAGUAAAGUUACAGGGAACCAGGCAGAGUGCCUUAUCGGUGGUGGUACCCACCCUGUGGAAUGCCCUCCCAUCAGAUGUCAAAGAGAUGAGUAAUUAUCUAUAUUUUAGGAGACAUCUGAAGGCAGCCCUGUAUAGGGCUUUUUAAGGUUUAAUGUUUUACCAUGUUUUUAUAUAUAUGUACAUGAACCUCUGUCUCCAAUAGGUCCCCUCUCCUCCCAUAUGGCUAGGAGAAAUAAGAAAUAACAACCCAUAAUUCAGUUUCACUUUCCGAAACUUGACUUGUGGUUUAAAAUAUUAUAGCAAUUGCAGACAAGCCAGCUUCAAACCAUGGGUUGUGAAGGUGACUUGCUUAACGUCCUCUAAUUUAUUUUAAAGCAAAAUUUCUUGUUUGUAUGUAAUGACAUGACAAAAAUCUGGGAAUGCAGAUAUGAAUCCUGAUUUUGUCCUUCUCCUAACUAUGUGGGAAGACAAGAGAGUACUCAGGCACAAGCCAUCAUUCAGGCUCAUGCACAUAAUACAAAAUAUGGUUUAGCAUUAUGUGUGAACCAGCCCACUAAUUCACAUUAGACGUUUUCUGUGUUUUGGGUGGAAAGGAAUUGUAAUACUUAUCCACUACACAAAACUCUGCACUUGACUUGAGGAAUGUAAGAAACUGGGGCAUGGUGAACAUAACUCCCAGACUAUCUGAGAAAAGUCUAUGAAUAUUGACAGCACGUUACUGUGUUCUAAUCCUUGAAUAGCUCUUGGCUGUUUCUCCACUAAUUGUAAUGUGCCUGUUUUUAUUGGAGAGGAAGGGGAAGUAUAAAUACAUGUUUUCAAAAUCAUGAAGGUUUGAUUGUCAAGUGAAAAAGAGACAUUUUUGAAAUCUUUUAGAAUUAGCAUAUUGAUAAACAGUUCUUUGUAUGCAUAAUUUCUUUCUAUUACAGUCAAAUUAGCCCUUUCAAAGCAGACCUGCAUUUUACUAAUGUUUGGCCAACAUUCUCAAGCUGGGUUGAUUUCUUUAUAUCAGUGCUGUUGCUUUAUAUCUAGAAAAAGAAUAUUCUCAGUGAUUCCCUCCCCAAAGUGAACAGCUUGAAAAGAGAGCAGGAAAGGGACUAAUGUUCAUGUGUGUGAUAGGAACAGAAUUUGGGGAGAUUGCCAUUUUUGCCUAAGACAGGAAAAUACACACAGAUGCCCCAUAUCUGAAAAUUACAGAAAAAAUAAAUAAUGUGCAUGAAAUCUUGUAGGCUCAGUGAUCUAAUUCUAAACUCUGAUGCCAUGUGCAGAGUUGCCAUUCAAAAGGGUUUUUGUGUGUGUGUAUCAGCAAUCAGUUGUUGCUUCAAUAUGCUUGUCUUUUGUGAAUGAGUAAAAACAUGUUUAAUGGUGGAACAUUAACCUAGUAUUUAUCUUGUGGAAUUUUUAGUUGUUGAUCUUUUCAAAUAUUUCUAAACUUUAAGUGUUCGCUAAAGGAUAACAAUCUCACUACGUACCCUCCUUUAUUCUGAAGGGUGUCUAUAUUUCUGCUGAAAAGGAACUUAGCCAAAGUUAUACUCUGAGUAGACCCAUUGAAAUUAAUGGACAUAACAAACCUAGUUUCAGUUAUUUCAGUGGAUCUACUCUGAGUUGUACUUUGUUGGAUGCAACCUAUAAUCUUCCCUGGGUUCACAUGUCUGGUUUAGUUCUCUUUGUUCAGCAUUCUUCCAUUCUGCAUAAAUUGUUGGCGACAAAUUUCGACUGAAAAAGAAUUUCCAAGGAUCUGUAUUAAAAUUAGCUCUUAAAAUGGUUUGCAUUAACUUGCAGCUUCUGGUAAAACAUGGUGGAGACUUGUUUGCUGAAAAUGAAAAUAAAGAUACUCCAUGUGACUGUGCAGAGAAGCAACACCAUAAAGAAUUGGCACUCAAUUUAGAAUCCCAGAUGGUGUUCUCACGAGAUCCUGAAGCUGAAAGCAUUGAAGCAGAAUAUGCUGCUUUGGACAAAAGAGAGGUAAAAUAAAAUUAGUAAUUGGUUACUCUGACUGGAGAUGUGCAUGCUUGGGAAAAGGACUAAUAUAUCAAAGUAAAGUAAAGGUAACGGUACCCCUGCCCGUACGGGCCAGUCUUGACAGACUCUAGGGUUGUGCACUCAUCUCACUCUAUAGGCCGGGAGCCGGCGCUGUCCGCAGACACUUCCGGGUCACGUGGCCAGCGUGACAAGCUGCAUCUGGCGAGCCAGCGCAGCACACGGAAUGCCGUUUACCUUCCUGCUGGUAAGCGGUCCCUAUUUAUCUACUUGCACCCGGGGGUGCUUUCGAACUGCUAGGUUGGCAGGCGCUGGGACCGAACGACGGGAGCGCACCCCACCGCAGGGAUUCGAACCGCCGACCAUGUGAUCGGCAAGUCCUAGGCGCUGAGGUUUUACCCACAGCGCCACCCGCGUCCCUAUAUAUCAAAGUAGUUUUUAUCUAAAGCUCUUGAGUUGUUCCUGUUUAUAGGGAUGAGUAUUGUCAAUGCAAAUCAAUCAUAUCAGCAAAAAGCCUCUUUAUACUAGUAGGUUGGAGCAGGUCAGGCAGUACUUUCUGACAUCUGUAAUGGCUUUUUGGACAGGCUGGAUUCCUAGUAUAAGGGAUUGGGAAACCUUUUUGCUUUCACUUCCAACUAUGUACUGCCUUUCCCUCCCAACUCCAUUCUCCUUUUGCCUUACCUGGAGAUUGAACUGAUAGCUUCCUCCAUCCUGCUUCCUUCAUCAUGACAAAAAGGAAUGACUGAACAUGAGAUCCUGCAGUAUUCGAAGUUCGAAGAUUAUUUGAUUUUUCAGUUGGAGGAGGUCUUGCAUCCAAAUAACUGCACAAUCUCCUGUUCAGUUGUUUACUUUAUCACAUAAUGAUUGGAAAAGAGCACAGAAAUCCAAAACUCAGUUCCAUUCUUUCCCAAGGAAAAAUCCAGGGAGGAUAACUUUUAAAAACAGACCCUAUGCUUUUUUAUAUAUGAGUAUCAAAUUUAAGAUGUAACUAAACCCAAUAGAAGCACUGUAAAAUCCUAUUUAUUUCAGUAACAAAGUUAUGCAUCUCUCAGUGUCUCAUUCAAAUUGCAUAGCUAACUUGGGCAAGAUUUUUUUUUAGUUUAUAAAAGACUAAUACAUACCCUUGUUAAGUGGGAACCUGGUUAGCAUUAAAUGUAGUCUAUGCAUGUGCUAAUGUGGCAGAACCUUCCCUCCACCAUUCUGAUCCCAUCCUGUGAAGCAAUUCUUGUUGACUGUUGAGACAAUGUGUAAGGAAAGUGUUCUCUAAUAUAUACAUGGGCUGAUGUGAUUUAGGGUUUGUCAAAAUAAGCACUUCAGAUUGCCCCAAGAGUUAUAAGAAGCCAGUACACACGAGAACAAUAUUACGAGAACAAUCAGGGGCCCAUCACUGUCAAUAGGAAAGGUGCCACUUUCUAAAUUAAAGACUUAUUUCUACUGCUACUUUGCUUUUCUGUUUCCUUUCACAGCCGUAUGAAGGACUAAGACCUCAGGACCUGCGAAGGCUCAAAGAUAUGCUGAUAGUAGAAUCUGCUGACAUGCUUCAGGCUCCAUUGUUUACUGCAGAAGCUCUGCUGCGAGCCCAUGGUAAUAAGGAAACUAUAUAACAUUCAGCCAAUUUUAAUAACAAAUCUUGACCAAAUGUAUUAACAUUUCCUAUAUGUAAAUAUGUGCUUUUGUAACAAAAAGAAUAGUGUACUAUAAAUGAAAACGGAUAGACUGUCAGGAACCUUGGCCAGGAAUGAUGGGAUCAACAGCCUCUGGAUGGCCACAGGUUGGCUAUCUCUAUUCUGCAGUGAUUUUAAUCAUAAAUAUAAUCAUAAGCAGACACAUCAUCACCAAAUCAUUUCCAUGUUCCUUUUUAACACUUUCUGGUUUUAUUUUAAGACUGGGACAGGGAGAAGUUACUUGAAGCUUGGAUGUCUAAUCCUGAGAACUGCUGCCAACGUUCAGGUGUUCAGAUGCCAACUCCACCUCCUAGUGGGUAUAAUGCCUGGGACACACUUCCUUCACCAAGAACUCCUCGGACAACUCGCUCUUCUAUCACCUCCCCAGAUGAAAUCAGCCUCUCGCCAGGGGACAUUGAGACAACUAUGGUAUGAAGGGUGAUCUAUAUUGGUGUGGGAGUGUGUGUGUGCGCAUCCCCCAAAAAUGUUUAAUUCUAGUGAUAACUUACUGCUUCUGGAACAAGAAUAUAUUUUGUGUAAAUAAUUGUUAUAAAGAAAUUGGUUGGAAGUUUAAAAGUUGCACUCCUGCAACAUUUCUGGACUGCCAAAAAAUCUUUUACUGAUUUUUCAGCAAUAUGAUUUUUCCAGCAUAUAAAAGAAUCAGAUGUUGAUUUUCCUGGAUAUGUUUUGUUAAAUUUGGUAUUUUGCACUCUUGUCUACAAGAGCACAUUUUUUCCUACUGAUUUGUGUUUUCAGGUAGUUUGAAGGGUAUUGUGCUCACACUGUGAAGCAAGAUGACUCCUUAUUGGUGGUAGAAGGUUCCAUUCCACUUUGUCCAGAACUAGGUUGCUAUCAACCUUCUCCACAUAUGGUUUGCCUUUUUUGCAUUAAGUCCCACCUUCUCCUUUGGUGGCAGCAUUAGUUUUCUGAUGACCAUUACAGCAGCUUGGCAAGCCAAGGAGUCAAUCCCUUUUCAAGUGAUUUUAUGGCCCUCUGUUCUUAAUGCUAGAGGCAAAGCCUUCUCCUUCCCAUAAGUGUGGACUUCCAUUAGAUAACAAUAAUAAUACUAGGCAAAAAAUCAACUGACCAAUACUUGAGUAAACAUAUGCACAAAAGUAUCCUAUGAAGGCCUACUUUUGCUAUGUAUAGUGUAUCACUCAACAUACUCAGUUUAAAACAAUUUAAAAAUGUACUCAAUUAUUGCCAUCAGUAAGAGUAUGGCUAUGAUCCAAAGAGCUAUUAAGCACUCCCAGGAGCUUACAUAUGUCUUUCUAAAACAUCUUUUCUUUCAACUGCAAUCUCAUUGCCAUAUCAGAAACUUUUAAAAAAUGCAUUAGUUUCAAAUAUGGUUUGCAACAUUGCAUGACGGGUGCUGUUUGAGAAAUAGAAGCUCCUCAAACCUCUAUUAGACAUGCAGAAACAGUAUUGGUGUGCCUAGGAUCCCAGCCUGUACUGUGAAGAGAGGGAAAGAGAGAGGUGCCAGAAAGGAAAUCUUCAUUUAGCAAUUUUAAAACGACAUUGGAUUAACUGUCUCUUUGUGCUCUCCACAUCUAUGUGAACGACUGUGUAAAGGAUCUUGUUCCAUCGCUGGUGGAACCACUGUAAGAUAGUUGAGAGAUGACAGUUUGUGUAAGAAAUUGAAGUUGUUAAGUUAUUGUGCAUUUUGUAGCUCAGAUUGCAUGAAAUUAUAUAAAGUGUGUGUUGGAAAAUUGAAAUUGCUGCAGUGUGUUGUGUGGAAAUUUCUAGAUUUUUCACUUCUGUUAUAUUUUGUUUCUUAAGCAUACUUAAACUCUCUCUGCCCUGCUUCCUGUCAUUUUCCCCAACUUAGGAAACAACAUUCUCUUUGUCUGCAUUUUAAAGGUCAACCCACUAAUACCCAGAUAGAUUAUACGGAACCUCACUAUGUAGGUUUGUUUGCACCAGUCUAUAAGAUCAACACAGCUUUAAUAUACGAAAGGUCUUUUAUAAUUAUUGGAAAAGCUCUUUUGAAAAACAGUCUCUCUUUUUUAAAGAUUCUACAGCAGUAACUGCAGCUGGAACAGAUUUGUGCGCAAUGAUCAAGAUACUUCUUUUUUUAAAAAAAGAAAAGAGUAGACUAGGUUGUUUCAAUAUUUACUUUGUUGUCAUAGUUAGAUUGUCAUUUAUCUGAUUUUAACCUAAUUAUUUAAAUGAGGCACCACAAGGAUUUUAUUGUAUGUGUGUGUGUUAUAGCAUAUAUGUUCUGUAUCGCUAUUAUUAAUGUACAGUGAAGGUUUUGUACCACCCCUACUGAAAUGGGAGGAAAAGUUAGGAGACGUUGUUGGCAAAUGUUAUCCUUUGUGUUGAACUGAGGACCAAACUAAAUGCGAUAUUAUAUUUGUCCUUGCAUUUUAUGUACAGGUUUUUAAAAAUGCAAAUAGCAGCAGCUGGUGAGAGGUGAUAAUUCCUGGGAACAAAGCAGGCAUGCAGGGAUAAUUUAACCCUUUCUCCCCGGAUGUGGACCUGAGGGGGGAAAUCCCUCUGAAACUGGUGUAUGCUUUGGAGGAAAUUACCCGUUGAUGUCAAUGAAGGAACUGACACCCCCCCUUCCCGCCCAAUAGGGAUUUUCCUCAGUACAGCAGCGGCAGGAAAGGCUUAAAUUAUCGCUCCACACCUACUAUGUUUCCAGUAAUUAUCAGCUUCUCCAGCUGAUGCUAUUUAUAUAUUUUUUUACAGGGGCACAAAAGGGUAGCCUAUAAACGUUCCUAUAAAUAAAAGAUGUGUUUAAUAUUGCUCGCGUGAGCUGACUUGUAAAAGAAUGAUUCAUAUAGAGCUGCUAUUUCUCACCUUCACAAAUCAGACAUCAUUAUCUGCAUAUUUAAUACAGAUUCCCGCCCCCCAACCUGUGAUUGACUCGUGUGCGGCUGCUUAUAUGUGUGGCCCCAGGAAAUAAAUAGAUUAAGCCAAGAAAUGGUGGGAAAGAGCUGGAGAGCCCUUGUGGCUCAAGAAGAGACCCUCCACAGAGCCCAAAAAAGACUUCAGUGAGGGUGGAGGAAGCUCCAAAGAAACCAGAGGCACAGCGGAACUUUGUUUAGGCUGCUCAGCCUCCCUUCCCAGCAGCUGAUGCCAGUAUCCUCCAGCUUCCAGCCAGCCCCAGAGCUUCAACUCUAGUUGAAGAAAGAGAGCUGGAGAACAGGAAAAAGGGGCAUUUAGAGGGUGCUCCCCACUUAACAUGGUGGUGACACAGAUGGUGUCUGAUUUGUGGAGGUGAAAAAUAGCAACUCUAUAUAUGAAUCAGCUCACAAGAGCAAUGCUAAACACAUCUUUGCAUUUAUUUUAUUUAUAGGAACGUUUAUAUUCUGUCCUUUCAUGCCACUGUGUGUGUGUGUAUCUUAUCAGCUGGGGGUAAAUUAGCAGUAACAUAACACAAAUUGUUUGGGGAACAUUCUCCUUCCACAUGCUAAAUUCUAGUGUAUUUGGGGGUAAUAAAAUCCAUUUGGGUUGUUUCAGAAGAUUGGCAAAUAAGUUUACUUCUCUGAAUCAGUUUGUUUGAAAAAAUGAAUCAGUUUGAUUGAGAAAAUGAUGGGACCAUUCUGUGGCAAGGCCCGAGACCAACAUGCCAGUGGUGGGCAGGGCCAAAAGCAGAAGUGGGUGGAGCAGGAAAUGUUAAUUUACAUUCUAGCAAGGCAAUAACGCACAAUGAGGGUGGAAAACAGUGUUUGUGGGAGAUGUGGCGUGUGGAGAAGAGUUAUCUAUUGGGAGAGUGUGUGACUUGGUGAGAAACUUGAGAGCCAAUAGAGAGUCCUGGAGGACUGUGUUGGGCCCCUGGGCAUGAGGUUCCCCAUUCCUGAUCUGUGGUGCAGUAGAUUGUGAUAUUGCCAUAGCAGAGAAACUCGGCCGCCAGCUGAACAUUAUAAGAAAACAAGGUGUCAGGUGACUUUUUUGCAGUAUGGAAUACUUCUAUUGCUUAUAGUAACAAAAGCAAUUUUGUGAUAUUGCCCCCUACGCUCCUUUUUCAAAUCGGAGGGGGGGGGAUUCUUGGGAUAUUUUAUAUUCCAAUGUUUCCUUGGUUUCCAAAAAUAAAACUCUGGACACUUGAAUUUUGUUUGUCCCUGUACAUUACAUGGGCUCUGAUGACAAAAAAAAAACAACCACUCCACAUGCAAAAUUCAGUUGGUAGUCGUGAGAUUCUUUUUUCAUUCCAGGCACUUUCUGUGCACAGAAAUAAAAAUAUAAAUGGUAAGUGAUUGAAAUUUGAGGACAUUGCUUACUGCUUUUUGGGUGACAGUAUUCUAGAUUCAAAGACCAUGUUGCAGGUCUUUUUCUGAGUAAGUUCUGCAACAAAAAAUGCACUGCAGGUGUAAUUUUACUCCCAGACAUCUAGGUUUGGAUUAAUAUGCCUUAAUUACCUGAUUUCCAAGUAGUGCUUUAUUUCUGAACAAAUAUGAGGUGUAAGUGACUAACCAAUGGAUAUUUUUGUUAUGUUGACAAUUGUCCAACUUGGCAUCUUGGCAUCACAAGUGAUCAAUUAACUUAAAAAAAAACACAAAACACUUUUCUAAAACAUACUGUUUAAGUUUUAUUUUUUUUUAAAAGAACUACAGGUUAAUCAUCCCUAUUAUAUAGUAUUUGAAAUAUUUUUUAAAAUAAUUUUAUUCUUUUAUCUACAGUGUGAAAUUUGCAUGUGUAACAUUUCUGUAUUUGAAGACCCAGUGGAUAUGCCUUGUGGACAUGAGUUCUGUAGAGCAUGCUGGGAAGCGUAAGUAUAUAUUUAGGCAUUUUUAUAUAAAAAUUGUCUCUACUUGGGGGGAAAUUAUCCUACUUAGUAAACUAGUAGUAACAUGUCUUGAUUUAUUUUUAAUGUUGGUUUGUUCAUGUCCCUAGGAUUCUAUUCCAAAGACAAUUUAAUUUCCAUUUUAGAUGCUGGCUGUCGUUAAAAAUUAGAGUUGCCCCAGAAUGGAAACAUUUAAAAAAAUUAAGCAAAGAUUGUUUGUCUUCUGUCUUUGCUCUAGUAUGAGCCUGAAGUAGAUUUGAAGCUUAUGAAAUAUUAAAGCUUCUGGGCACGAAGCGGGGAAUGUGGAAGUCACAGUAUUUACUAUGAUGAUGUCUGUUCCAACCCAACAAUUCUAUGAUUUUGUGAUGCGCCUCAGAACCACUUUCUGGGACAUUUUGCCGCCCUUGCAGGACCAGUUCUGUUUCUGUAAUCCAAAGGAUCCUAAGGAGUUGACUGUCCCUUAUAAAGUCUGACUUAGCUGAGAAAAGAAGCCUAAGAGGAAAAUCUGGACAUAAAGUUAUCUGGCCAUGAGAUGCUGUUAUCUUGUAUUAUUAAAGUUAAACAUAAUGCAGUUCCAUCAUGCAUGUGGGGAGAGUUUCUUUGGACAGAAACCCUAUCCACAUUAGCAUGGGGAGAUUAUCUAAGUCACAGCUACUAAGUCAGUUUCUAUUCUAGUUUUUCCUUGAGACAAAAAUUGCAGACACACAGUUCAUUCUGUCAGCUUUCCCUGACCAAAAUGUUCCACUUCUUAAUGUGAUAUGGUACUUUUUGACUCAUGCUACGCACCCCACACAAAUCAGUAAAGGGCUGCUAAAAGUAAACCCUUUCAAUAUAUUUUAGAUCAUUCCUUUUGAUACUCCACUGUGUGCCCACAUGCUCAGAUGCUUCCCUGUUCUGUUCAGUAUUGUAGAAUGCUCUGUGAGUUGCUGACUCAGAGCCUUCCAGAAUACCUUGCAGAGCUUGUAAGGUAGUCAUAAUCUCUCUUUACUUACCUGUGAGGUUUAGGCAUUAAUAGGUUGAUUUUUGCUCCCUAAGUUUGGUGGAGUUAAUAUUUCCUGCUCAAACCUGAUGAACAUUUUAACAGAUUUUUGAAUAUGAAGAUUCAGGAGGGUGAAGCCCACAAUAUUUUUUGCCCAGCGUAUGAUUGCUUCCAGCUUGUUCCAGUGGAGAUCAUCGAAAGUGUGGUUUCCAAGGAGAUGGAUAAACGUUACCUACAAUUUGACAUUAAGGUAAACUGCCAGCGGCAUGUGUCUAAAGUAUCCGUCUGAGCUGAUUAUUCUGACGUCAUUAAAAAUACUCUUAGAAAGAAAUGCAUCUAGUAUUAUAGACAACUAUUUCAAGAAAUAUUAUGAUUUGUUUUUUGUUUUGUUAAAUACAAAUUAUAACAAAUGUUUUCCUGAUAGCUGUUGCCCAAAGUUAUGGUAGCUUAAUGGGAGAAAGGUCACACUUUCACUUAGCCGCUAUCUUUAUUCAAGCCGAAAAGAUCCUGACCCAGUAAAAAGAAAGAAAGAAAAAAGUAUGAACUAUUGCAAACCUUUUUCAUGAGUCAACACACCUCUUAAAUGUACCAGUUGUGGCUCCUCAUAUGGUUAAACAGUUUGUAAUUUUUUCAACCCACCACAUCUGACACUUCAGUCACAUUGCAUCUAAGUACUACAAGUAGUUUUCCCAUUAGUAUUCAGCCCCAAUUGAGAUAUAGUUAUAUUGCUCUCCAUAUCUAAAUUUAUUCCCCAAUUCUACAUGUUACAAUCUUACUAGGAAGAGUUAGGCCCUCACAGUGCACCAGUGCCUGUAACUUAAUGCUCUACUAAUUUCCUAUUUGGAGGUGGUGGGUGGAGAGAAAAGUAGGUGGGAACAGGAAUCUCCCCCCCCCCCCGCACCAAGACCUCGUUCUCCGCCUUUCAGACAUUCCUUAUUAAUUUGUAGAUUGUGCCGGAUCGAGCUUUGUAAGCUUUUGCAUAAAAAAUACAUGAAUGUUCCAAAUGGAGUUCUUUGGCUGAGCUUUAUAUGUUGCUAUAGCAAAUAACUAAAAUUGUAUAAUGGAUAAAAUGAUUAUCUUUUAUAGCUAUUUUAAGGCCUUGUUGUUGUUCGUGACCCCAUGGACCAGAGCACGCCAGGCACUCCUGUCUUCCACUGCCUCCCGCAGUUUGGUCAGACUCAUAUUUGUGGCUUCGAGAACACUGUCCAACCAUCUCGUCCUCUGUCGUCCCCUUCUCCUUUUGCCCUCAAUCUUUCCCAACAUCAGGGUCUUUUCCAGGGAGUCUUCUCUUCUCAUGAGGUGGCCAAAGUAUUGGAGCCUCAGCUUCAUGAUCUGUCCUUUUAAGGCCUACACCUGUUCUAAACUGCAGAGUUUUACACCAUCAAAUUGAGCUUUGUAUCAGUUAGAAGGUCCUGAUCGAAAAUGGCAACUAAUUUCUAUCUCCUUUUGUUUUCAGGCCUUUGUUGAAAAUAAUCCUUCUAUUAAAUGGUGUCCUACACCAGCUUGUGAGAGAGCGGUCAGGCUAACAAGGCAAGGGUCAAAUACAACAGGUUCAGAAGCACUUAGUUUCCCAUUGCUAAGAGCUCCCGCUGUGGACUGUGGGAAAGGGCAUCUCUUCUGCUGGUUAGUAAUGCUUUCUUGUACAUGAUUUAAACAUGAUUGAUCUUUUAAAAAAAUUGAAACUGUGCCGUACAGUCCAUGUACGAGCAUUAAAAUAAUUACCAUUUGUGGGAAAUUCAUCUUUGGUUUCAUAUAGAUCUUUGUGCUCACAUUGCGAAAUCCUAUUCUGAAUUUUUCAUUUCUCUCUUCAUAUUCAGACUCUUAAGCCAGUAAGUAUUUUAUCUGCUCAAAAGCACUUUUUGGUCUUUUAAAAUUCAAGAUUACAUUGAUUGGGGGUAUAAAUCUUUUGCAAAAAGAGUAUAGUUAAGUUAAAUAAUAAUGGAAUAUAAGCAAAUUGAUCCUCUCAGGGUGAGCUAAGUAUACAUAGUCCUGCUUUUCGGGGCGGGGUGUGGAUUUUUUGCUCUGCGUAUAUGAGAUAUAUAUUUAUAUAUAGACUUCUAUUCUAACAUAAAUUCAGAGGUGAAGGAGCACCCAAAGCUGCUUUUUUUAUUUCUAAUGUGACAGAAUGUUAUAUUUUCCUUUCUACAUUUUUUUCCCUUUUCGCUCUGGCGUUUGUGGCGUUUCACUUAACAAAAAGCAUUUUAGAAGAUUCUUCAUCAUUAGAUCUAGAGAAAAUUCCUUGCAUCUUGCACUAUAUCAGGCUCCUCCAUAAACCUAUAAUUCUGAAAUGAUGCUAUUUUUAGUUGUUCUGUUUUUUGUAUGUUGGAUGUGUGGCAGAUGUCUGAAGCUAUUUUGCUGUAUUUCCCGUAAAAAAAAGCGAGUCGUGACAAAUCUGGAAAUCAUAUUGACACAUCUACACCCAGGCACCAUCUGGAAAUGAUGCAUCUUCUGCUCCAGAAAUUUGAUUGCUUCUUUGAAAACUAGAAACAAUAAUGAAAUAAGCUCAUGGGGUUGUCCUCUGUAGAAAUUUCAGUUCCUGAUAUUAGUCCCUAUUCAAUUAAAGGGCAGGUGGAGUAGAGAUGAUAUAUUCAGUGACUGUCCCUAUUUUUGACAAAUGCAUGUUCUCAGUCAGAAAAUAGUGCUUAAGUGACAUUUACCCUAGUUACAGAAGACACUUCCUUUUUAAGCUGUUAAAGGUUGUGACAGAUAUUCUGUUAUCUUUAUAAAGCACUUCAACAAUUUAUAACAUUAUUGCAAUAAUAAUGCCAGAGCCCUUUCAAAAACCCUCCAUCUCUUGUCCAGCUUGAAAUUUCCUGUUAGGCAGUACACAUUGUGAUAUUCUAGGGACAGCCUCCCAUCUGAUAUAGUGUGGCCUAGUGUCAAAGCGAGAUUGAGUCAAAAUGCCUAUUUCUGACCAUUGCAAUGCCUCUCCUCCCAGCAUUUGCAGCCCUAAAAUGUCUGAGUCACUAGCCUACUUUUAAGUACAUCUUCCUGUGCCAGCUGGAGUCUGGAAGGAGACCGACUGCUGUCUUCCUUCAGCUCUGCAUGGAUCUCUAAAGCGUCUAAGAAAUUAAAAAUGACAGAAUGCUGCAUGAGAGAUCCUCACAUUCUGCCACUAUGAAGUGUUUGAGGAAAAGGUAAACAUACAUAGUAAUGUUGUUCUACACAUACACAUGACUCAGAAAGCCUUGAGCAGGACUUGAGAAUCCUGUUUCAUAGUGGUUUGGUCUGUAUUCAUAAAAGAAUGCAACUCUGUAUGAGAGAGAAAGAGACAGAAGAGAGUACUGUUAAUAAAAAUCAAUACUCAACUCAAGACUUAGUGGAUUGCUAAAUCGAAUCAUAACUACAAUCAACAGUUUAAGUUACAUAAGGGAGACUUCAAAGUGCACUUUGCAAUUAUGCACCUAAAUUCUACUGCAAGUUAUUGAGGUUUAUAUAUUUUAUGUCAUUUAUGCCUUGGGGUAUUGUUUCUGAUUUGUUCUUCUGUAUUGCUAUCAGCUUUGGAAUACCUAGUCAUGUUAGCAAAACAUAUUAUCUGAUUUUUUAUCUUCCUGAAUUAAGAACUAGUAUUCUUGAAUCCACAGUUAAUAAUAAUAAUAAUAAUAAGAAGAAUAAUAAUAAUAAUAAUGAGUGAGUUUAAUCUUCAGCUUAUUAAAGCCUUGGAUCAAUUUUUCAGGGAGUGUUUAGGUGAAGCACAUGAACCCUGUGACUGUGAAACAUGGAAGAACUGGCUGCAGAAGAUAACAGAAAUGAAACCGGAAGAGCGUAAGAAUGGCCAUUAUGGUAUUUUUGUUAAUUUGUAGAAAUUCUGUGUUAUUAUUUAUUACAGUAUAUUAAAUUAUGAUUUGCACAAUGGGCAGCUUGGCCUCCUAAGAGGAGUGUGGACAAGAGUAAGGGUUAUAGCUCAGUGGUAGCACAACUGCUUUGUGUGCAGAAGGUCUGAGGUUCAAUCCCUGUUAUCCCCAGUCUGAAACUCUGGAGAGCCAUUGCUCGUUUGCAUGGGAAAUGGUGAGCUAGAUAGACCCAUAGUCUGUCUCCUAAGUCAGAUGAUGUAAGUGAUGCAGAGAAACUGUAGUUUCUCAAACCUGCCUAAAAUGAAAUGGCAUUAAUAAUGCACAGGUAAACAGCAAAGAAUUUCAACUGAAUUUUGACAAGUUGGACAGAGUUCCCUGUUGUGUAUAGUUGUACAUUUCCAUCUUUGGGGAAGCUGAGCUUCAAAACUGAGAGCAUUGAGUUUAAGUUUUUGAGAAUGUAGACUUAAAAUCCAUAGUCACACCAAACAACAUUCUUUACGCAGACCUCUGACACUUGACCUAUUCCUGUGAUUGUAAUUUAUUAUAAACUGUUUCUAAUGUUGUAUUUUAAAUUGUUGUGAUCUGCCCUGGGACAUUAGGGUAAAGGGCAGGUGUUUAAUAAUAACGAUGAAAUAAACAUGAUGUAGACUUGGUUGAUUAGGGUACAAGUAAUUUCCAAGAAAUUGAGGGAAUUUAAAAAUAAAAUGUAAGGGGAAUGCAACAUUUCAACUACUACUUAUUAAUCUGCAAAAUAUAGUGUUCCUUUCUGGGAGUCGCAGUGAUUAGUACGCUUUAAUUUUGUGGGAUGUUUUAUGGAAAUAACAGCUUGUUUAUAAUUAGUGGGCAAAUUUAUAAAGAGAUAUUGCAAAAGCUGGCAGUGAAAAUGUGUGUGCAUCUAACCUUUGGACUGUGCAUUAUUUUUAGCAUUUGUUGUGGAUAUUUGUAGUACCAGUCCCAUAACACUGCUUUAUGAAGAAAUUUGAAAAUCUUUUUCACCCUAUAAUAAGUGCUCAGGAUGAGUUACAGUGUAUUUAAAAAUAGCCUAAUUACAUACUCGGAAAAUUUAGAAAAUGCAAUGAUGAACUUGCUAUUAACACACUAUUACAUGUACAAAACCUUAACGUUAUUUUUUCUUUUUCACAGUUGUGGGCGUUAGUGAGGCUUAUGAAGAUGCUGCCAACUGCUUAUGGUUACUCACAAAUUCUAAACCAUGUGCCAAUUGCAAAUCCCCAAUUCAGAAGAACGAAGGCUGCAAUCAUAUGCAGUGUGCAAAAGUAAGCAGAGAGUCAAAAUAAUGCUACAGUUCAUAUAAAUAUAAGUAGAAAUGUUUACUUCAUGCAAUGUCUUAAAAAGUCCACAAUAUCCACUCUGGUGAUCAGUAUUUUGUUUGUUUUUCUCAUUAAAUUUUAUUGAAGCUUUUUCAUAAAACAAUAAAAACAAACUAAUCUAAUAAAGAGAAAAAGAAAAUGCAGAGUCUUCUCUCAAAGGUAGAUCUUAAACCUUGUCUCACACAGAAAGGGGUGGCCCUUCCAGUUCUCACCUUGGGAGCUUCCCUUUCUUCUCCCAGCCUCCCUGCUGAUCAGUAUUUUGCUUUAACAAAAGAACUGCCUUUGUGUUGAUUGCUCGAUGGUGUGAGAAAGUAGUUUUUCUUGCAGUCUUCACUUUUUUUAACAGGUAACAUCCAUAGCACCCUCAGUUCUUUUUGACAAGAAGCAUUAUCUGAUGUAUUAAUUUAUCUAUUUUGGGUUGUAUCCCAUGUUAGUCAUACUCAGAGUAGACCCACUGAAAUUCAUGUACCCAAGUUAAUUUAAGUAGGUCUACUCUCAGUAAAACUUAGUUGGCUACGAACCUUCAUUAUUAAAUUCCUAUCAUACACAAACAGAGAUGUUUCAAGCAGCUAACAAAAACAGAUCUAAAAAUUAUAUAAUCAUUUAAAAUUCAGCAAUAUAACAAAAUAGCAUACAGCAUAUAAACCAGAGCUGCCAUAAUUUUUUAAAAAUGCAUUGCAAUCUAAUCAGCAGUAAAUUCAGAAAACCUGUUGAAAAAGAUAUGUCUUUGGAUGUUGAAGGCAAUGGAAGGCACAAGAGAGUCUCAUCAUCUUAAAGAACUGGCUGAUUCAUUUGAGAGGAGGUAGUCCUUCAAGUAUACUAGACUCGGGUAUAUAGGGCUUUAAAAGUGCAGGCAUACCUCAGAGAUACCGCUGGUUCGAAUAUCACAAUAAAGCGAGUCACAUAAUUUAUUUGGUUUCCCAGUACACAUAAAAGUUAUGUUUACACUAUACUGUAGUCUUUUAAGCCAGGCCCACUAGCUGCAGGGGCAGUAGGGGAAAAAUCCAGCUGCAGCCCUUUGAAGCGGACAGGCUGCCUGCAGCUACAACUGCGUCCUCAUAAAGAACAAUAUCUGCAAAGCAUAGUAAAGUGAAAUGAAACAAAACGAGGCAUUCCCGUAAUGAUUAACACCUAAAAUUGCACUUGGAAACCAACAAGCAUCCACUGCCUCUGAUACUGUUGCAUACGUAGUUGCAGAAUCCCCAUAUUUGGCACUGGUCAAGAUUUUGGCAACAGCAGUCUGCGCUAACAGAACUGUAUGCAGCCCACUUAACCAUAGAACUAUGGGGGUUGCAUUGAAAUAAUCCUCUGAAUCAAUGUUCCACUUAGGGUCAAGCUAGACAUGGAGUUUUAAUUGUGUGAAUGCAGUUAACACACACAUUUUUUGUUAUGUAAAUAGCAGUCAUGGAGAAACCAAUGCCAAUAGGUAAAGGUAAAGGGACCCCUGACCAUUUGGUCCAGUCGUGGCCGACUCUGGGGUUGCGGCGCUCAUCUCACUUUAUUGGCCGAGGGAGCCAGCGUACAGCUUCCAGGUCAUGUGGCCAGCAUGACUAAGCCGCUUCUGGCGAACCAGAGCAGCGCACAGAAACGCCAUUUACCUUCCCGCUGGAGCGGUACCUAUUUAUCUACUUGCACUUUGACAUGCUUUCGAACUGCUAGGUUGGCAGGAGCAGGGACCGAGCAACGGGAGCUCACCCCGUCACAGGGAUUCAAACCGCCGACCUUCUAAUCGGCAAGUCCUAGGCUCUGUGGUUUAACCCACAGCGCCACCUGCGUCCCUUUGAAUAACUGAUGAAAACACAAAUUGUUGUUUUUAACAUUCUAGGUCGCCUUUCAAAUCUUUUAACAGGGUUGGUUUAAGAAAUUAGCUCUCUUUUUCCUUUUCAAGUGUAAAUACGACUUCUGUUGGAUUUGCCUUGAAGAAUGGAAGAAGCAUAGUUCUUCUACUGGAGGUUAUUACAGAUGUACUCGCUAUGAAGUCAUUCAACAUGUAGAGGAACAGUCCAAGGAAAUGACAGCAGAGGUAAGAAGCUAACAAAUACUGAGGAGAUACAGAAGGGUAAUUAUCUUUGCCUUUCUUCUUAAGCUUUUUAAUUUGUGCAAUUCAUUUGAUUUUUAAACUUCAGGUAUUUCACUGCUAACCAGAGUAGGUCCAAAAAUAUGUUCACCUUGGCCGUCACACCUCCCUCUUCUAGCAUUCAUUUCUCAUCUCCAACUUCACACUGUGCUUCAGAAAGACUUGGAAGCACAGCAUAAAGUUGGACAUAAACUCCACUUCUCCCCUGAGCUUGAAAUUUGCACAAGAGGCAGAGGGUGUCAUUUACUCUACUUUGGAGACAAUGCAAUCCUGUGCAUGCUUAUUUAGAAAAUGGUAAAUCACAUUGUGUUCACUGGAGCUUUCUGCCAGAAACAUAUACAGUGGUACCUUGGUUCUCAAACUUAAUCCAUUCCGAAAGUCUGUUCCAAAACUAAGGUGCGCUUUUUCAUAGAAAGUAACGCAAAAUGGAUUAAUCCAUUCCAGACUUUUAAAAACAACCCCUAAAACAGCAAUUUAACACAAGACCAUUGAUCCAUAAAAUGAAAGCAGUAAACAAUGUACUGCAGUCACACAAUCAAUCAAUUAGUAGCUGAACUGGGUUCCACACAGUCACAAGAGCAAAACAAAAAAGCUGCAAAAACAAAAACGCAAAAUAAAUAGCAAAAACUGACAGACCUCAGCGUAACAUUCAAAAUGGAAGUGUGGCACUCAAAAAGGAACCAUAACACUCAAAACGGAGCACGUUCAGCUUCUGAAAAAAGUUUGCAAACCAGAGCACUUACUUCUGGGUUUGCAGUUUUGGGGUUCCAAGUUGUUUGAGUACCAAGGCGUUUGAGAACCAAGGUUCCACUGUACAUAGGAUUGGAACCUGUUUUCUAAAGUACAGCACAAGGUCCUAUCAACCAUCAAUGGUUUCGUUAUAUAGUAAAAUUCAUGUUAAAUUGCUGUUUUAGGGGUUGUUUUUAAAAGUCUGGAAUGGAUUAAUCCAUUUUGCAUUACUUUCUAUGGGAAAGCACACUUUGCUUUUGGAACGCUUUGGUUUUGGAAUGGACUUCCGGAAUGGGUUAAGUUUGAGAACCAAGGUACCACUGUACCAGGAAAUGCCUAAGAAGCUUCCUAAAGUUUGGAACCCUUUGGGGUUUUUUAAAAAAAUGUUUAGGUCUGCUUCACACUUUCUGGCUCCCAUCCCAUUACGGCCUUGGUAGCAUAAGGAUUUGUAGUUCAGCAUGCAAAGCCAGCAAAUAUAUCUACCACUGCUUCACUACAGAGCUGCGUACAUGGCCACUGCAAUUUCCCUGGUUAGGGAACCAUCUUUUAGUGCCACUGUGAUAAUGCAUAUUGCAGUGGUCCUUUAUACAACUCCCACGUGGAGCCACCAGUGUAUGUACUUGAUGCCCCUGUAUAGGUGUGACCUAGCUGCAAGGCUGCUGGUAGCUCAACAGGCUCCCAAGAGCUUGAUGUACUUCAAGAAAGCAGCAUCUUCACCUCACCAAUACCUUGCAUGCCCCUGCUAUGAAACUUCUGAGGGCUGCCUCAGAAUGGCAGAAGGAGGGGGUGCACAAGGAAAAGCAGCGGAAAGGGGCUGGGUGGAAUGUUACCCACCAAAGGAUACAACGUAAGGCAGAAAAAAACUGGCUUAGGAGUUUGACUUAAUAACGCCAAAGUGCAGUUUGACUUGUGAGAUGUGUUAAGGUCUAUUUCCAGCUGGCUGAUUUGUUCAUACAGUAUUCAUCACUAUGCUGCUUGUGAAUAAAGCUCUAUUAUUCACAUUUUAAAUGGUUGAUUGCCCAUUUCCCUUUGCUCAUAAAUGUUACAUUAAGAUAAAACUAGCAAGUCGUUAAUUUUUUUUAUCUUUCUUUCCCGUAAUUAUUUUCUAGGCUGAAAAGAAACACAAACGAUUUCAAGAACUUGAUAGAUUUAUGCACUAUUACACAAGGUUUAAGAACCAUGAGCUCAGUUACCAAGUACGGUUGGAAAUAGUUCUAUAAAAUUAUUUUCCAGCUUUAUUAGUUCAAAACAGUGUUUUUCACUUUUUAAAAUUUUAUCUUACUUUUAGUUAGAACAGCGCCUUCUAAAAACAGCCAAAGAAAAGAUGGAACAACUGAGUAGAGCUCUUAGUGGACGUAAGUGUGCUGAGUUUAUGUGAUACAUUCGGGUGCUCAGAAUAAUGUGUGUACACCAAAGCCUUUCAAAAUACAAUUGAUUUCUGGCCACUGCUUUUGUCCUUAUCAAACUGAGCAUUUGUGUGGCUUGAUUUACUUUGAUUAAUGGGUGAACAAACAAUAUAUUGCAGUAUAUGACAUGUGCUUUAUGUCUUCUAAUCUAAAUAAAGAUAUAUUUUCUGCAAUACCAGCUAGUAUCUUCCCCAAUCUACUUGUCAUACAGUUCCUCUCUGAUACCAAUCUGUUGCUUCCUUUUCUUCAUUUAUCUGUGCUGAUGCUGAAAAGCAACAAGAAACUUUAGUUUCAUGUAGGAUCUCUUCUCUUGGGGAGUUAGUUCCUACCCAGCUUUUCCAUCCUUGGCUAUUCAGAUCUGUCUCUUCUCUUGCACACAUUCUGAUUUUAGUAGAUGGUGUUCUAUAUGACAUGGUUUUUCUCCUGUGAGUAUAAAUUGUCCUCACAUGGGACUGCAACUGCCCCCAGCAAUUGAAGGCAGGAACACAGAAGCUUCAGAGAACUUUCUGCAUCUUACCCAGGGAUCAGCAACCUUUUUCAGCUGUGGGCCAGUCCACCGUCCCUCAGACCAUGUGGUGGGCCAGACUAUAUUUUGGGGGGGGGGUGAACAAAUUCCUAUGCCCCACAAAUAACCCAGAGAUGCAUUUUAAAUAAAAGGACACAUUCUACUCAUGUAAAAACAUGCUGAUUCCUAGACCGCCUGUGAGCCGGAUUGAGAAGGCUAUUGGGCCGCAUCUGGCCCCUGGGCCUUAGGUUGCCUACCCCUGAUCUUACUUCAUCUGAAGCCCUAAGUUCCUUCCUGCAUUUGCUUGAAGUGGUCUUUAGAGUGCACUGUCCAUCUUCUCUGUGUGUGUGCUCAUGCUUGUAUUUUGUAAUUUCAGUGGCCCUUCAAUGUGAAUUUCUUUUAAUUUGGACUAAUGUGACUAUGCCGUCUUGUGAAUGCAGAAAUCUGAAUGCAGUCAAACAAUGGACAUAGAGCUUUUUCUGUUGAAAUCUAGAUUAGGAUUUGAAAAACAAUUUUGAUUUUGCACAAAACAUUAUACUCUGUUUAGAAUAAGUUCUGCUGUUGCAGAAAUAGUUAUCACAUCAGCAAAUGGGAAACAAAAUACUCUUUGCAAUGCCUGGAUUUCUCUUGCAGCUGAAGGAGGUUGUCCAGAUACCACAUUCAUUGAAGAUGCAGUACAAGAACUCCUCAAAACUCGUCGCAUCCUGAAGUGUUCUUACCCAUAUGGAUUCUUUCUAGAGCCAAAAAGCACAAAAAAAGAAAUAUUCGAACUUAUGCAGGUAAAGGAGGCCCUUGUGUUAGUGGCUUCUGUGCUUAAUUUUUUACAGCUGACUAGUUGUAUAUAUUGAAUUGAUAUUUUCUAGUAAUUCUUACUUGCUUCCCAGUAACUUCCUCUAGAUUUGUAUUCUUAAGAGCACAACUCAAAGAUUAAGCAGAUAUGUACUGUAUCCUAUUGGCUUCAAUGAAGAAGUGUUAGGGUGAAAUGCUAUGCAUACUUACCUGGGAGUAAGUUUUAUUGAACUUACUUGGGUUUCUUUUUGAGUGGGUAUGUAUCGGAUUGUACUAUUAAGCAGAUGUUCUAUUCUCCCAUGGAAAUCAAGGAUCCUUAAAAGUGCCUUUAGUGUGUCAUAUUGUUGUUAUCCGUUUUAGAAGUCGUAAGACUGUGUACCAAUGAACAACAAAAUAUUUGGUCUUAGUGUAAUGUGUGCUAAAAAUGUCCUGCUCUAAUUCCUCUCAUUCUUCUGAGCAGAGAUGGCAUAGAUAGGAUGUCUGGCAGGCAUUAAAAUUUUAUGGACCCCUUCUGGAAGUUCAACUCCCCCCCCCCCUUCUCUCUCUCUCUCUCUCUCUCUCUCUCUCUCUGUGUGUGUGUGUGUGUGUGUGUGUGUGUGUGUGUUCGUGAUCUUACCACUCUGGGAAGAAAGCCCGAGAUCCAUUCUGACUUGUUGGCUUAGGACACCUAGAGCAGAUGCUGCAAAACUCAAAAGCUUCUUCCCAAUUUACUUUCAGGUUUGCUCCACUUGAUAAGGAGCUACUUCAGUGAUCUUUUUUUCCAAAAACAACCCACUUUAGUGUAUUGUCAGGGUGGUGACCAGGGCAGCCUUCUCCUUUACAAAGCUCUUAAACAAUUGAGGCUCCCUUUGGGCAGUACACAUUGCUGCAAUUGCGUACUCUAUGACUGUAGCUUUCACUUGAGGUCCACUUAGUGGUUGAAGGCAAAAUUGCUGCUCAGAAGAGAAGGGCCCUUCACAGGGGCCACCCAGCUUUGGAACCCAGUUUUUUAUUUUGCCUUCACCAAAUUGCUUCCCGUUCUACCCUUUGCAACUCUGUAUUUGGUUCAGGCUUUUAGUUUAGCUCUUAAUAAUUUCUUUGUGUGCCUGUCCUGUUCAAAAAUAGUUUUACAUUUCCCCCUACACUCUGCCAGCCUCAGCUGCAGAGGGAAAAACUACUUUUUCUCCUAGCCCUCAUGAUAGGGCAGAACUACUUCAAAGCAUCCCAGGCUACCCAAGCAGGACCCUGUCGUCUCUGAUCUUAUUCUGGAUGAGGAUGAAUGGAGAGGGGAAUGUGAGGUGGAGGAACCUGACUAUUAUCAUCUCUUUCAGUACUUUCACUAUCUGCUCCUCCUGUGUAAAUUGGUGGUGGCUCUGGAUCUGAUGCCCACCCCUUCAACUUCCAGGGCAGCUGCUUUAUGUCUGAACUUUUUGCCCAAGACCAGAGUGGUAAAAUUAACUGUGUUAAUUAACACUGUAACUGAGUUGGAUACACAAAAGGCAUGUGGCCAUUGCCAAUAAGUAUGAUGUGUCGAAGCCUUCAAUCAUGGCUUGGGCUGCCUGAGUCUGCUUUCUGCAUUCAUGGUACAGUUUGCCUGAGCUUUUUAGUCAUUACUGUUAUUUUUUAUUUAGAAGAUGGUAUUAUUGCUUGUUAGUUAGUGUUGGCUGUCACUCUCCUCUGUUCUGUUUCUACUUCCUUGGCUUGUCAUAAUAGAAAAUUGAAGGAGUUUUGAGGAUUCUCUUUUGAGAAGUAAUUCUGCCUUUGACCACUAGGUGGUGGUCAAGUCCCACUUGGGGGUCACCUCUCUGCAUGCAUAGAAAUCCUGUUUCCAGGCAAGAACCCAAAUGGUCUUUUCUGCCACCCUGUUAGUUAGCCACCUGUAUGCAAUUCUCUCCCAAAAUUGAUUCAGCUUAGGCAAGUCCCACUGUUUCCUGGCUUACUCCUGCAGGCCAGCCAGAGAACAGAACAUUGGGCAUUUACCAUUAAUGUUCCUUCCAGGGGUUAUACAGGAGGAAGCCAGUUCCAUCACUGACUCAGGUAGGUAGGUGAGUGCGUCAUCUUUCAUUCAGUUAAAACUCACCGGUCCUUACAUCCUUGUAUUCCAGCCAUGCUCCCUAAGGAGGGAAUUUUAUUUUUCUUCGGACUUUUUCUUUCAGGCUGAACAUUUUAUGCUCCAAGUCCAGCUUGGUUAUGAGCAGAACUAGGGUAGAGCCUCAGGAAUCAGAAUAACUAUGCAAUGGAUCACUAUGCAAUGUGAUCCACCCUGUACUAGGCACCAUUAACCCAUUUUUCCCUGGUUUGUUCUUGUCCCCAUGGAAAUAACAUGCACAGCAAGUAUCCAGAGUUAUGGUUUCUCGUCCUGUAAAGAAUUUACAUGAGUAUUUAUUUUCUGAUAUAGACAGAUCUUGAGAUGGUCACUGAGGAUCUUGCUCAGAAAGUGAACAGGCCUUACCUUCGUACUCCGCGUCAUAAAAUUAUCCGUGCAGCCUGCCUUGUACAGCAGAAGCGGCAAGAGUUCUUGGCCUCUGUGGCCCGAGGAGUUGCUCCUGCAGAUUCUCCAGAAGCUCCAAGGCGCAGGUAACCUAACAAUAACAAAGAUCUGUAUGGCCAAAGAGGUUCACCUGGCAGCCACUCGGCUUGGUAAGCCUGCCUUAAAAACUCUUCUGCUUAGCCUUCAAGUUGUAGUGCAGGUAGUCCUGGUAGGUUUGCUUUGCAGAAUUCAUUUUUAAAAAUCUAUUAUUGAUGCUUCACCACUUCCCACCUAACAGUUUUAAAGGGGCAGUGGCGUGGGUGUGGUGGGGACACAGACAUGUGCUUGUGGCCAGAAUUGUAACAAGGGAAAGAUUUAUACAUCUUCUAGCUGGACAGAGGUGUGUAUGUGCAGUGCUGCUCCUCUGAAAUAAAAUGCAGGAAUAACUUUUUAAAAACACCUCAGCUUACUCUUGUAAGCUUCUGGCUGGCAAAAGUUUUUUUCUUGACUGCUGAACUUUUUACAUGGAUGUAGCAUUGUUGGUAACAAGGACUAGCAAGUUCCCCAUGGCGUUUGAGAAAGGAUGCUCCAGCUGCACUGCACAAAAGGAGAUGGUUUUGAGGGAAGGAUACAAAUGUUAACACCAUUGCCCUUGAAGUAAAAUUCCAGAAAGGUUGCACAGGACAGCCCUUGAAGCUGGUCAAAUGAACACAUUCAUUUUUGUACUCAGUUUGUUGGAGGGGGGGUGUUCACAAUUUAUUCUAGUAUUCUUUAACAAAGUCUGUUUAAUUUAUAGCUUUGCUGGUGGAACAUGGGAUUGGGAAUAUUUAGGAUUUGCAUCCCCCGAGGUAAUUUUUUGCCACUUUUAAUUAAAAUGUGUAUUAUUAUGGAAAUUAAGAUGGAAUUUCACUUUGCAUGAUUAGCUUCCUGAUGUUGUUGCAAACUGCACCAAGGUUUACAAGGUCUGGAUGAGCUUUCUAUUUUUGCUGCUUUACAAUAGAAGGAAAUAUAUUUAAUUUUAUAUCUCGUGGUAGAUAUACAAGGUGGCACCCUAAUCCUCUAGCUCUGCUUCAGCUGUGUCCCAGCAAACAGUGUGACAACUGUCUCAGCUAAAGUAGCAUUCUAUCUACACCUGUUUGAUAUGGGAGAGGCAUCUUGCUCCAUGCUCCUGGUAUGCCCCACAGAUGACCUUAAGGUCCAUGAAUAAUCAUAGUUUAGAGGCCCCAGGCCCUAAGGAAGUUAGAUUAUUCUACACCGGGGCCAGGGCCUUCUCAGUGAUGGCUCCGACCUGGUGGAAUGCUGUGUCAUGAGACCAGGGCCCUGCAGGAUUUAACCUCCUUCCGCAGGGCCUGUAAGACACAGCUAUUCCGCCUGGCUUUCAACUUGAACUUAGCCUGAUCUUUUAUUCCCCUUCCUUCCCUCCCCGUCCCCUUUUUAUGAAGAUUAUCUGCUCUGGGAUCCCACAGCUAAUUCUCCCCUGGUCUCCAUGCUGGCCCAAACAGGACUAAUUUAGCCAGCUAGCCCUCGUGAUCAUCUAAUGUUUAUUGGAUGGAUUUCCCCCCUAAAUUGAUUUUUCAAUUCUGAAUUUAUCAUUAUUCACGUUUUAUACCAUAUUUUAUGCUAUUUUUGUUGCAUCAAUUAAGUGUUUUAAAUUUGUUGUUAGCCGCCCUGAGCCCGGUUUUUGAACCGGGAAGGGUGGGGUAAAAAUAAAAUUAUUACUAUUAUUAUUAUUCCUCCUAAGGGAAGGUCCUACACUCCUCCUCAUUGCCAAGGCACUAAACCAUGAAUAAAGUUUCCAUGGGCCUAGAGGAUCCAUGCCAGUUCUGUAAGACAAAAUACCUUUCUGUUCCUCAUUCUGAGUUGGCUCUUUAAUCAAGGCCAGCGAUCAGUAAUGAUCUAUAUUACUCUGGUGCUGGCACCCUGUUUUUAAUUUCCCUCCCUUUUUCUUUCCUCCUAGCUGUAUGUAUUUAAGCAUCUUCCAUUUCAGGGAAAUGCAAAUGUAUGUGAGUGCAGGCUUGUACUUGUAGUGAGACACAGGCAUCUAACCAGAGAUGUAUAUCUCUUUAGUUUAAAUUUUGUACAAAAUUUGUCAUCAGAUGCAAAACACACCAGGAAGAAAUAAGUAUACUACUUAAAACCACACCAGAUUGAUCUGAAUAGGUUAAUUUUACAUUUUGUUCCUUUUGCAGCCUCUGUUCCUGCCUCAAGUAUGAAAAUCCCUGAGUUAGAUAGGUUUUCUAGUGUGUGAUGUUUGGGUUUUUUUGUAAGAUCCACACAUUUCUGCAUAUUUCCUUUUCUAUUGUUGCUGAACAGCAGUAUGCUUGCAAGAAUAUAGCUUGCUUCUUAUAGGCAAAUGAACUUGCUUGCUUUUCCCAGUUCAUCCUAUAAUACUUGGUUCCCAAUAAUUCCCAAUAAUUAUGAAAAUGACCCCUAAAAAUCCUAGCCCCAUUGAAUUCAAUAGGACUUCUUUUUUUAUCAAAUAUGUCUUUAUUUCAUUUUGUUACAUAAGUAGAGAAAGCAGAUACAAACCUGAAAAAGGACAAAUAGAACAAGAAAAAUUAUAAAAGAAAUAACACAAUAAAAGAGAAAAUUAAAUGAUGCAGUGGAGCUACAGAUACCUAGCACCCACACACCUUAUUGGAGAAAACACCUGCAAACUAAAAUUGUAAAAUGUCAUACAUACCAAGAAUCAUGGGCAAUCGCUGUCCUGUCUCAAAAAAUCUAGCUGUGAAAGUGGAGCUCUUCUAAUUGAGUAAGAGAGACCACCAGAUACCCUCAAACUUCGCAUUUUUAGUAAGACCUUUAAUAAAUCUUAACAUGACUUGUCUUUUCCACAGUAACAGUACACUGAGGUGGCAUUCUUACUGAGUUUUCUAAUGAACACUGGAAAACGCUCUCUUGCUUUAUUUGGCAUUAAAAACUCUGACAUGUUGUGCUUAGCUUCAAUCUCAUCUGCCAUUUUGUUGUUCAUUCAAAAAAUGUAGCAAUGCUUUUAUCCCAGUCUGUUUCUUGUUAAUGGCUGUUGGUUUUCAACAAGAAUCUCCCAGUUCUGCAAAGAGGAACUUAGUUCAGCAAGCCACACAAGACAGGGGGGGACAUGGCAGGAAAGCAUGCUUAAAUAAAGUUAUUCAUUCUGUUUAGCCAUGAUUCUUAACAAUUGAUUUUCUUGGAUAAUUUAAUGAAACAUAUUUCAGCAAAGUGUGAUUCUUGAUAGAUGCUUUGCAGCUACUUUGAGCAGCUGUGAGAAAGCUACAUGUUGAUAUAGAAAAGUAAAUCUUUGAAUUGGUGCAAGGCUAUACUCUUGGAAUUCUUUUUGAAAAUAAAUUCACCAGGCACAGGAUUAUUGCAUAUUAGACUACUUUACUGUGCAAAAAUUAGCUAAAGUAAAUAGACUUGGCCUUCUUUUUUUAAGGCAAUGUUUUGGCUGAUGUAUAAAACUCAUAUAUCAGUGUUGAAACUAUGUAAAUAGCUUUUCAGAAUUACUGAAAACCUAACCGUUCAGCCCCACAGAAGUAAGUCCUAUUGAAUUCAGAAGGGCUUACUUUCAGGUAAAUGGGGAUAGACUUGCAGCCUAAAUAUGCUAACAUUUAAGUCCAUUGCUGCAUUAAUCCUAGUUAUGCAGUCCUUAUUUAUUUAUUUAUUUAUUUAUUUAAAAAAUCAGGUUCAAGACUUGGCUUUAAAAUUAGCCUUGAUUGCUCCAUUCCUGAAGCUUGCGAGAAACUUCCUUUUUUGUUUUCCUAUUACAAAGUUGUAGUACAGUGGUGCCCCGCAAGACGAAAAACUCGCUAGACGAAAGGGUUUUUCGUUUUUUGAGCCGCUUCGCAAGACGAUUUUCCCUAUGGGCUUGCUUCGCAAGACGGAAACGUCUUGCAAGUUUGUUUCCUUUUUCUUAACACCGUUAAUACAGUUGCGACUUGACUUCGAGGAGCAACUCAUAGAACGCGUGUGGUAGCCUUUUUUGAGGUUUUUAAAGACUUUGGUGAUUUUUGAAGCUUUUCCAAAACUUUCCCGACACCGUGCUUCGCAAGACAAAAAAAAUCGCAAGACGACAAAACUCGCGGAACGAAUUAAUUUCGUCUUGCGAGGCACCACUGUAUUUGAUAUCUGAAAGCACUGAUAUUGCCACAAACCUUUUUGCCCAUAACGGAAACAAUUUUUUAUUUAUCCAGCUUGUUAGAUCAAAGCAGUGAUAACCAAUAGAGAACAUGAGCAUCUGAUUAACACAUAAUUCCCUGUACUGUACUUUUUACUGUACUUUAUUGAUAAGCACCCUUUUCCAUUACAUAAAUCUUGUUUUCUAUACUAGCCUCUUAUACCCACGCCUAACUUUAUAAAACACCCUAAGUGCAUCCUUAACAUUUUAAGCAUUGCUGAAAUGGAUGCAGAUAAGCCAGUGUUUUUGCCUGAGGAUGAGCCAUGUGGUAUUAUAAUGUUAGGCAAUUGUAAAAUUCAUCAAUAUAAUACACAAACUUUUUGGGGAAAGCAAUUAAACACUAAGUAUAAAAAUGCAUAAAUGUUUUAUAUAAGAUAAAUAUGCCUUGGUAUUCUUGCAGUAAGAUUUGCAAGCAGUUCAGCAGCAGCUUUAUAUAGUCUUGUUAGUUUAAUUUAGUAGUUUGUGUAAUCUGUCCAAUUUUUCUUUUGAAAAAGCUUGCAUGGUAUAGGCUGCUAUUUACUUUUAUGAAAACAAGUGAUUUUAUAAUGCAUAAAAUCACAGGCACUCUUUUUUUUCUUUAAAUGUGCUGUUUGUUAUGCCCAAAACUAUUAUUGCAUGCUCCCCUGUAUUUUGUAACGUUUGGUUUAUGCAGGAAUAUGCUGAAUUUCAGUAUCGGAGGAGGCACAGACAGCGUCGACGUGGAGACAUGCACAGCCUGCUUAGUAAUGCUCCAGAUCCCGAUGACCCCAGUGAAAGCACAUUAGGUGAGACUUAUAUAGAAGUUCUCUUUACUUUUUUGCUAGCGAUAUUCCUUCUUUUUAAAGAGGAAUUCUGUAUAAUUGUAGAUUGUAGUUUAUUUUCAAUGAAGCAAUUUGUUAGUGUUUGAUUAGCAAGCCUUAAGUGCCAAAAUAAAUCAUGUGUAGCCUAACUGAAUGUGGUUUGGAGUAUCUGGUGACAAGAUUUCUCAGUAAAAUUAAGGGAUAAACUUUCUUUUCUUGAACAGAUACUCAAGAACCAGGUAGUAACAGAAGACAUGGUAAUUCCAUGGUGAGUUCAGCUUCCAUGAGUAUUCUUCACAGCUCUUCUCUUCAUGACUAUACUCCUGUUAGUCACUCUGAAAACCAAGAUUCUCUGCAGGUAUAUUCCUUUGUGACUUUCCCUUUUCUUUUCUUUUCUUUUCUUUCCUGUAUCUGUAUCUUGCAUGCCUCUGCUUUUAGUUAGCUAAUUUGUCAGCUAACUCUGGUUGUCAAUAAUUUGAACACCUAAGCUCCUAAACAGGUUUAAUUGGAAGUACCAUGAAUUUAUAUGGGACUUGUGUCUGAGUUAGCAUCUUUUGGACAUUAGUUUCACACCAAAAAUAUUAGCUUAAAUUAAGUAUUAUGAAAUUGUAUUCUCUUGAAUGCAUAAUUUCUUCUUGGAAAUUGGAAGCUAUUUAGGGGGAAAACGCUGCUCUAAGUAUAUGACUGUAGAUGUGUGCAUAUAGAUAUAAAUAUAUUGCAUUUAUUCUGAAAAUUAUUCUAAUCUCUCUCUUAGGCUUUAAGCUCCUUGGAUGAAGAUGACCCAAACAUUCUGCUUGCUAUUCAGUUAUCAUUGCAAGAAUCUGGUUUAGUUAUUGAUGAAACCAGAGACUUUCUAACCAAUGAAGCUUCCUUAGGAGCAAUAGGUACUUCAUUGCCUACAAGGCUGGACUCUGGUCCCAUAAGUAUAGAUAAUCCACGAGCUGCUCUAAGUAGCUCUGAACUUCUAGAACUUGGUGAUAGUCUGAUGAAACUAAGUGCAGACAGUGAUCCAUUUUCAACUGACCAUCUUAGUUCUCACACCUUCAGUGAUGCAAGAAGUGGCCUGUAUUCAACAUCUAGUGAAGCUGAUUCAAGUAGCCAAGAUCCUAAUAUAAAUGAAAAUCUCCUUGGGAACAUUAUGGCCUGGUUCCAUGACAUGAAUCCUCAAAGUAUUGCACUCAUUCCUUCAGCAAGUACGGAAACUGAUGAUGAUUCACAGCAACCCAGUACUGAAGAGGGGUCAUUGGAGCAACCACAUGUUCCUGAUGCAAGACAGGACCCUCUGGAGGAGCAUGCACUUUUUGAGGAUUCGCUCAAAAAUGAAGGUAGAAGCACCCAGACAGAAGAGAGUGGUGCUGUUGGGAAUGUUAUUACAGGAGAAGCAGUACCACCAAGUGGGGACUCAGCUGGGGAGGCAGCUAGCCAAGUGGAUGCUUCAGGAGAUGUUUCAAGUCAAAUAUCUCAGAGCUCAACUGAGUGGAAUGAACAUGUACAUUUGGUGUGAACACAAACAAGCCUGAACACAGAAAUUGAUUAUGGAGCCAAAAUGGCUAGGCAGUUGCCAGCGGUACACUAUGUGGAGUAAGCAUUCUGGAGACUUUGGCCCACAUAAGCAGAGCUUGGUUGUUUAUCCGUGGUGUGGAGAUGGAAUAUAUAGGAAUUCCCUUUAAGUUCUUUACGAUAGUUAUGUGAACCUUUCAGGGAAUUUCCAUUGCAUUUGACAGUGUUCUGUUCACUUUGAAGAGAGAGAAAUAGUUUGUACUCCACAUUCCUAAUACAAUGCAGCAUCUAUUUAGCCUUAGGCUGGUGACCCUUAACUUGAAAGUGUGGAUUAAAGGCUCACUGAGCAUUUGAAUUAUUGAUUCUACAAAACCAUUUUCUCCUCUUUCCCCCUUAUUUGAAUUGUCUUCUAACAAACCAGUGUUUAGCAGUAUUUUUUAUACCUUGCUUUUUCAUUGCCUUUCCCCAACUAAUCUUUAACCUGCAGUGUGAAUUGAGGUAUACAAAUACUUCUCUUCAGUGCUGCUUCACAAACCAAGGAGUGGAUAUUCUUUUCUAAGUAAAAUUGUUUUUUUUUAAUGUCUAUUUACAGUACAGAUGUGCCAAACUGUAAAUAGCAAACAACUUCAACACAAAAAGUAUGCAGUAUUGCUGUUUUAAAGCGCACCUAUAAUUAUUAGUGAUAGAAGGACCACUUGAAAGAAAUGCUUUUCCAAAUUUAACUGGCAGUUAUUGCCAUGGUGACUGCAUUAACAUAAGCUGUACCUUAAGUUAAUUAAGCCUAAUACUACUGUUAAGAACAGUUAUUUAAAAUAGUUGAUUUAGCAGCAGCUAUGCUGUAUUGAAAAGACACUUUAAUGGAAGUGCAAUCAUAUGCCUUUUGUUUUCAUAAUUAACAAUACAUUUUAUGCACAGUGCAGUUGCUUUUAAUGAUAAUUAUAAAAUAAAGAAGUUUGAAAUUUCUUGACAUUAGAGGCAGUCCCACACUAAAGAUUUAAUAAUACAUAUUACAUGCAACAUGUUACCGUGCCUUUGCCGAACUCAAAUAGAUAGUUGCCACAGUUGAAUGAGUAGUUAUCUGUUCUGGAGUUACUAUGCUAUGAAGUGCAAAAGCCUCCAUAAAAACCACUCAUGGCCUUGCCUUUCCGGUAAAUAAUGACAUAGUGUAAAAUUCCUCCCUAUACAGGUGUGGUGCUAACACAUAGAAGGAUCCCCAUACAAAUCAGCUGAGCCCCAUUUCCCCCUCCCAGCAUGCAUGCCAUGGCAGUUCAGGCUGCACCAGAUCUGUGUGUGCUUCAUCUAUCUCCAGCCAAGCCCUCCUGCUCAAUACAGUUCAAGUUGUGCGAUCUGACUUCUGCAUCUUGAGCAGAGAGAGCCUGAGAGUGGAACAGGGAAAGUGUGCCACCAGGGCAUGCAUUCUGAAAGGGAGGGGAGAAAAGGGGUUCUUUAGAAAAACCCCUCUGUGCAGAUCCCUCUAUGCAGACACUGUGCCGACAUUGGGAAGUAUCAUACCCUAAAUGCUCAAAAGUUUUUAUAUAAAUAAUGAAAACACUACUGUGUAUUCUUUCAAUUGCACAAUAUUCGUUUGGUGUGUGGUUGCUGUUUAAUGUAAAAGGAAGAAAAAAAUUACCUUCCCUAGUGGUGUCCUACUGUGAAGAAAAUUCUUGUUGAGAUUGGCUUAAAAGCAUCAAGACCUCAUUGUAAGUUACAGUGAUGCAGUUUGUAAUUUUAACUAGAAGAAAUUGUUUAAAUUACUGUUUUGCUUGCAUAUAAUCGAAUCCUAGGAUAACACAAGGAAAAUAGGUGAAAUGUUCCAUUUUUAUGUUUGACGAUAUGAGAGAUCUGCUGAUGUCUGAUAUAAAGGUUUCUCGCUACUGACUGUGUAUAGUAAAGUAUUAUGAUGGGAAAUAAGGUUGUAUGUAUAUUGAUUACUGUGAGUUACAAGAAAAAGUAUUUUAACUCUUUCAUUUAAAGAUUACUGUUGGAAUCUUGCAGUCCCUGUGGCUCAUAAUACUAAAUAACUACAUAUUAAUUAUUUACUCCAAAAUUAAAAAAAUAAAUCUGUUUCUUCUAGAAGUUUAUUUAGAAGGAAUAGUUCGCUGCUCUGUUCACUGUAUUCUGUAGAUCCAUUACAUUUUCUAGCUUGGCUUUUAACUGCCCUAUCCUGAAGGUAUUGAUGUUGAAACCCUGUUUUCAGCCUUGAGAAACUAUUUAAACAGCUGUCUGGUAUAAAAUCUUCUUAACCAAAAAUAGGACCUGAAGAUUCUAUCCUCAUUAAUUGGUUUUAAACUGAAAUUAAUUUGAGACGCACAUACAGCAUCCUUGAGUUAUAAUUUCCAAAUAGGACGAUCCUCACACAGAUUUUGUGUAUUGCAUUAAGAUGUCUUGCAAAGCUAAGAGAAGAUAUGUACAAGUGCUCUCUGUGACGAAUAGUGAAGUUUGUGGGUUCUGGUUUUACUGUAAUUUGGUUUAGAUUGUGCAGUAUACACCAUUGUUCCUGUGUUGACUUUAUUCUGAGCAUGAAAUUUAGCAUAUUAAAUUUGUAUUUUCUUGGUACUUAUUUAAAUUUAAGACCACCCCAGUAAUUGAAUUUGCAAUUCAGAAAGAAAGUUUGGCAAGCCUAUUUUGUAAACCAAUUAAUUUUGUAAUGUAAAAAUAAUAAUCUUGAAAAUGCUAUUUGCACUUUCAUAGUCUAUACUUGAUACAUUCCCACUUUAUAUACAGUAGGAUAUUACAACCAUGUAGAUGUUUGGCCAAAUGAAUGCUGUUAAUAAUAUGUAAAAUUCUUUGAUUAAACAUUUAUUACUUAAUC